AAUGAUCUUCAUCGGGCCAUCCAAAGGACGCAGUCUGCCAUGUUUAAUCAAGUCAUCAUUUUAAUCUGCACCCUAUUGUGCCUUGUCUUCACGGGGUAAGAUGCCAUUUCAUUCAAUUUAUUGCACUUUAUUCUCCCCCUGUUAACUAAACUCUUUCAUUGAAUUCUGUUGAAUUCUGACCUCAAGAGCUUGAUUUUUAUUUAUUUAUUAUUUGGUUAAUAUCCUGUACACAAUUUUACUUCCCUCUUAGGGAGAAAUUAAAGUGACACUAUAAUUCCCCAAAGCAACUUUAGCUUAAUUAAGCCGUUUUGGAGUAUAGAUCAUAGCCCUGCAGUCUCACUGCAUAAUAAAAUACAAAACCAAUAUUAAUACACAAUAAAUACAAUAUUUAACAUAGCACAGGCAGGAAAUAUAUAAUCAACCAUGACAGGUGCAUUCUGUUUUGAGAUAUGUAGAGAGGGAUCUCUUAAAGGACUUUAGGUUUGGGGAAGAUUUUAAAUUGUGCGGGAGGUCGUUCCAUAAUUGCGGUGCUCUGUAGGAAAAGGAGGAUCGGGCUGCUUUCUUUUUGUAUUGAGGUAGACUAAAUAAAGUGCUGGUAUUGGAUCGGAGGUUAUAGGAGGUGGGAACAGCAUUUUGUUCAGGUAGGGUGGGAGUUUCCCAGAAAAGCUCUUAAACACAAGGCUGGAAAGAUGAAGGGUGCGUUUGGAUUCCAGCAACAGCCAGUUUAGUUCUUUUAGCAUGUCACAAUGGUGAGUCCUGUAAUUACAUUGUAGCACAAAUCGGCAGAACAAAUUAUAGAAUGUAUUAAGUUUAUUAAGGUGGGAUUGCGAUGCAGACGCAUAUACUACAUCCCCAUAAUCAAUUAUUGGCAUCAGCAUUUGCUGCACAAUCUUUUCCUUUACUGUAGGUCUUAGGCAGGCUUUGUUUCUGUACAGGGCACCUAGUUUUGGAUAAAGCUUAGAUGCAAGUUUUUCUAUGUGGAGGCCAAAAGAUAGAUUGGGGUCUAAUAUCAUACCCAGGUAUUUAAAAGAGUGGACCGCGGUCAGUGUGCCAUUUCAUUUUGUAUUGAUGAAUAGAUGGGAAUUGUGUAAUUUGGGUAAUUUAGGUACUGUUCCAAAGAUCGUUGUGACAGUUUUGUCAGUGUUAAGGAAGGGUUUGUUUUUUGUGAUCCACUGUGAACUGGUCUUGGAGCACAGUCUCAAGCUGUGGUCUCUCAGUACCCGUCUUGGUGCUCAGUGCUGCAGGUCCCAGGUGUGACUCUAACCGUGCCCAGAAGCAUUUUAAGAUUUGAUCCAUAGGCUGUUACUGAUUAUGCAACCCUAGCCACACCUUCCCUGGCUUUAAUUGACAAAGACUGCAUGAAAAAAAUGGUUUCACUUUCAACUAUAUGUAACUUACCGAAAAGGAUUGUAGCUCCUGCUCCGUAAAAUGAACUUUAAUCACUCAGAGGAGGCCCCUGCAGAGUCUAGAAGGCUAUUAACAGAACAGGAGAUACGAAAUUCUAAAUGAAACAGAAUGUGCAAUAAAUUAAGUGUAAACUUUAGAUGACUCUUUAAAGGAAGUGUUAGGAAGGCUGUGCUAGUCACAUGCAGGGAUAUAUGACUAGGGCUGUAUAAACAAAGUUAUUUAACUCCCAAAUGGCAGAGAAUUGAUCAGUGAGGCGGCAGGGACAUGAUCUAUAUACCAAAACUACUUCAUUAAGCUAAAGUUAUUUUGGUGACUAUAGUGUCCCUUUAAAUUAAAACGGUCCCUUUUUAGUGCACAGUGACCACUUUUGAAGUUGUGGGUUUAGGACCUUGCACAGCUGCCACCCCUGCGGAGCUCUGGAAUAUUAUUCUGUAUACACUUUAGGAUUGUCAGAUUCUCUUAUAAUUUAUCAUGAUAACGUUACAUACAUCUUUAAAUGAGUCUUCAACAAAAAUGUUUUAACGCCCUUUGAUUAUAAGUAUACAGAUUACUUUCAUUAUUGUAUUUUAAUCUUCAUUUGAUUCUUAACCAUAAGGCGGUUUUUCACUUCUGAAUUUAGGAUCUCAAUAUGACCUCUCUCAUUUGGAAAGAGGAACAAUCCAUUUAAUGCGAUAUUUGUUUUAAUUGGAUUUUAACGUUCAAGCCUUAUGUUUUUCAUUGAACCCCUGCUUUGAACAUUUUGAUUAAAAUAAACGAUCUGCUAAUUCCUCAGUAGGAAUUUCUUCAAUGAUCAUUUAUCCUGACUUUAUUUAGAGCCCAAUAUAUUUCAUAGCUAUGUCAUUGACGUGGAAUAAAAACAUCUACAUGUACCAAAACACACCAAUAGCUCAACCGAGAGCUUAGUGGUACAAAUUAGAGAGAGCAUUAUAAUAGUUUCGAUAAAGAAAAAUAUCAGAAUGUUCAAGUUUGUUGUAGAUGUUACACUGAACUUGACGGAACAAAAAUGAAAACAUCCAGUUUUUUCCCUCCCUCCCUUUCUUGGAUUUGGUAAGAAUUGUCUUUAGAUUGUCAAUCGCAAACAUCCCAGUUUGGUAGAUGCAGUAGACCUCCCGUAACCACCCUACAUGUAAAAUGCGUUGUCUGCUUUGCCAUAUAUAGGAAUUUACAUUUGUGAAAAAUGAGGUUCCAGAUGUUUAUCACAUCUGUUCAAGGAUGGCUGGACAUAUCCGUCCCAUCUCCUUGUGGAUGGGCAAAGACAAUGUUACAGCUCUUAGUAAUGAUUUUAUAAUUCAAAUAUUUACAAUAAAAAUACAUGAUAAACAAAAUAAAAACACUGUACAGGAGUGUAUUAAAUUAAACUGAAAAAUGUCCUGAAACAUCGUUUUGGGGGCACAUUUAGAAAUUGUUACUUAUUAUUAUUAUUAUUAUUAUUAUUAUUAUUAUUAUUAUUAUAUUAUAUGUAUAUAUUAUUAUUUUUUUUAUUCUCUUCUCUUCUAAUUUCGUUCGUUUUAAAAAAAAAUUAUUUGAAAUAAGACUUGUGUGUGUAUUUUAUUUCUCAGCCAUGGAUGGGAUAUUUAGGCCUUUUUUACUUUUUAUUUUUUUUAUAUAACAGACAGUUUGUUUUUUCUCUUUUUUUUUCUUUCUUUUUUUUAUUUAUCCUUUUGAAUAUAUAUUUAAAGGGACACUAAAUUCACCCAAACCACUACAUUUUAAUGUCAUUUUUAACCCUGCAAUUUAAAAAAUUUGUUUAGUUGCUGGGUUAAAUACACCUUUAAUCACUGUCUUCCUGACAAACACUAGAGGUGCUUCCGUUGCACUGAGUGUGUAAAAAUCAAUAAAACUUUUUUUUUUUAAUUCGUUCUUAUUGCAGGGUGUGUAGGGGGGGAGACACCUCUAUAGAACUAGGUAGAGGAGCACUACAUUGUUGGGAAUACAUGUUUGUGUUCCUAACUCUAAAGUGUUCUUUUAAUAGUCACAGUUUUAAAUAAAAUAUUUAAAGUCCUUUUUGGUCUAUAAAUAUGUGAUCAUUCUAGGAAACGGUUCAAUGUUAGAGCGAUUUUGAAUGCGAGCCGUACUAUCCAAUGUAAGGCAUUAAAAAUGAUCUUCCACCGUUUUGUUCCCACGUGGCUUGGUAUGCUGGAGGAACUCAUUAGUGAUUAAAUAGACUGCUAUUCAGUGUUCUCGAGUGACGAAAUAAGCUUCAGAUUUGGCUUUGAUUACAAUCUGAAAGCUCCAAGCAUCACAUAAAUACGAAGCGAGAAAUUUUCCUUAAUGGGCAAAAUUCUCUACUGCUGAGUUAUUGUGACACAGACUUGUCAGAUGCUGAAUCACCUGGCCCUUGACAUCACAGCAAUUAUUGUCUCUGUAGGCUGAAAACAGUUACUCAAAAGAUAUUCUUCUUGUAAACUCCAAAUCUUGCAAUUAGAACUUGUUGCUUAAAACUAUUAUGUCCUAAAUUCCGCCUCUCUGUUUUGUGUAUCUGAGUAGGUGUAAGAAAAUCCCGGUCUUACUGUAUUAAGCACAGAUACAAUUUGUAUUCUUUGUUCUCGAGUUCCUGCAUUUUCUGAAAAUCAAUAAUUGGUUAUGGUGCGCAGUCCUUGCAACGCAAAGCACAUUAAUGCUGCUGUGCGCGGAGAUCUAAUAUGGUCUGAAUAAUAACUCUGACAAGUCUUAAACUAUUACAUUUUGCGUAAAAGACGCAAAGUAUAAACCAUUUCUGUAAGCAGAUUUAACAAGACAAAAUAGCAAAGUUGACAGAUGCACUUUAGGGCUCUGUGUAAAAAAUCAUUGAUUAUCUGUUGAGGUUUUUUUGGGGGGGGGAGUAUCUUACAGUAAUAUUAGACAAAACAAAGAAUUGUUUUAUAUGUGAGCCAGAAAUCCAUUUUUAUUUUAUUUUCCGUCUGGAUAAAUGAAAGCGGUUUACAAGCUCCAGGCUCUCAUCACAGAUCUAUUGAUUUUUACCAUAAAGAUUACAAUUUGUCUUUUGAAGUUAAGGAAUAUUGUGAAAGAAGAUAUCCCAUGAGCAAUUCUCUUUACCUCCUAAUUAUCAUGGUCUAAUGCUGGGGGGCUUUACAUACUUGGAAGGAGAAGAAAGGGGGAGAUGUAGAGACCUACUGUCUGUCCUCUUGGGUGCUGCCAUCUUGUCUUGUCCUUUAUGUCAAGAGUCACAUCAUUUGUAAUAUUGGCUGAAAGGUGAUUUGCUAAUCUUUGCAUUGUAACUUCAUUCAUGUAGUUUCAUGAAUAAAGCUACUACAGAUUGCAGAACUGCAUAGUCCAUAAAUCCUCAGCAAUGAAGGGUCUAAGCAUGUAUCCCUGUUAUACCCCUUUUAAUACAGGUCUGUUUGUCUAUCAUGUUAAAGGACAUCUCAACAAUUGGAAGUUUUCAAAAGCAUUUUUCCCUUACUGAACUCUGCUCUACAAAGCCUAAAACCAAUUAUUAGGAUAAACCAAAACACAUUUUAUUUUUCCUCUAAUUAAAAAAAAAAAAAAAAAAUAUAUAUAUAUAUAUAUAUAUAUAUAUAUAUAUAUAUAUAUAUAUAUAUAUAUAUAUAUAUACGAAAAACUAUCUUCCAAGUUAUAAAAAAUAACAAAAUGUUCAGCUGAUGAAGUUCUAAAAAUGUAUUGUAGAAUUCUCUUUAAUAUUUUUAUUAGUGAUAUUGCAGAAGUUCUUGAUGGUAAGGUAUGUCUUUUUGCUGAUGAUACUAAGAUAUGUAACAGGGUUGAUGUUCCAGGAGGGAUAAGCCAAAUGGCAAAUGAUUUAGGUAAACUAGAAAAAUGGUCAGAAUUGUGGCAACUGACAUUUAAUGUGGAUAAGUGCAAGAUAAUGCAUCUUGAAUGUAAAAACCCAAGGGCAGAGUACAGAAUAUUUGAUAGAGUCCUAACCUCAACAUAUGAGGAAAGGGAUUUAGGGGUGAUUAUUUCUGAUGACUUAAAGGUAGGCAGGCAAUGUAAUAGAGCAGCAGGAAAUGCUAGCAGAAUGCUUGGUUGUAUAGGGAGAGGUAUUAGCAGUAGAAAGAGGGAAGUGCUCAUGCCAUUAUACAGAACACUGGUGAGACCUCACUUGGAGUAUUGUACACCGUACUGGAGACCGUAUCUUUAGAAGGAUAUUGAUACCUUAGAGAGGGUUCAGAGAAGGGCUACUAAACUGGUUCAUGGAUUGCGGGAUAAAACUUACCAGGAAAGGUUAAGGAUCUUAACAUGUAUAGCUUGGAGGAAAGACGAGACAGGGGGGAUAUGAUAGAAACAUUUAAAUAUAUAAAGGGAAUCAACACAGUAAAGGAGGAGACUAUAUUUAAAAGAAGAAAAACUACCACAACAAGAGGACAUAGUCUUAAAUUAGAGGGACAAAGGUUUAAAAAUAAUAUCAGGAAGUAUUACUUUACUGAGAGGGUAGUGGAUGCAUGGAAUAGCCUUCCAGCUGAAGUGGUAGAGGUGAACACAGUAAAGGAGUUUAAGCAUGCGUGGGAUAGGCAUAAGGCUAUCCUAGCUAUAAGAUAAGGCCAGGGACUAAUGAAAGUAUUUAUUAUUGGGCAGACUAGAUGGGCCGAAUGGUUCUUAUCUGCCGUCACAUUCUAUGUUUCUAUGAUUAUUGUUGCUUUUUGUACUCUUUCUCUCCGACUUGCCCUAAAAGGAGAGAAUCGGCGAUAUAGUGUAAAGCAGUUUUUUUUUUUUUUUAUACCUUAAAUACAAAUAUUACGUGUAGGUAUCACACUCAUAUGAAGAGCUGGCAGCUGUGGAUUAAGUCUCUGCUUUGAAUUUCAGAGUUGCACCAGGAUUUUUUGCAAGAUACAGUUAUCCCAGCAGGAAAAAGUAAUGCCUUGAGAUGCUUUGCAAUUCACUUUUGGUGGAGCCUUGUUUUUUCAGUGCCUUGCUUCAAUCUAGCUUCCACUGUAAAAGAAAGAGGCUACAACAAUGUCACUCUGUUAAAUGGUAUAUAUUUAUAGCUUAUAUACUCACACGUUUAUGAGCACAUAGCCUAGCUCAAGAUAAAAUGUUAUUAGGUAGUUUUGUUCCUCCAUUAAAUGGACUAUCUCGAUAAGUACAAUAUCUUCUUUAAAAAAAUGUAAAUAAAAAAAAAAAGACUAUUAAUAAGUAUAUUGGUCCUUUUUAUUACACAGUAAAAAAGAAACAUUGACACGUUUCGCCAAUAAGGCUUUUUUCUAAAACGCCGCACGAAAUACACUUUGCCAUAGAGUUCAACCCAAAGUACCGAACACUGAUGGGGAACCCUAAUAGCGAAAAGACCGGAGCUCCCGAACGGCCUGGAAGCCCAGCGGUGUUCGCGCCGUUGAGUAGCCGUUUCCAGUACCACGCGCUCGACGACCCAACACCGCUGGGGAGACAAAGGAUCCAAGAUGGCCGACCACCGCGUGGUCGGUAGCCGAACGACGGCCACCUAGGAAAGCCUCUAAUUACCGAUUGCAACAUUGUUGCAAUCGGUUAACGAGCGCCACAUGUCCCUCUCUGUGUGGGCUAUUAAGGGAUGGCUUAUUCGGUUCACGAACAGCCCGCAAUGGUGCUGUUCGUGAAACGAUACACUUGAAUGCUAGCCGCUUUCGGCAGCUAGCACACGAAUUCAAUGUAACAUACAAUAAUACACAGGGUACAGCCAGGGAAUACAAGAAGUCAUAAGAAUAAUACAUGCAACCUUUUUCUACAUAUAGUCCAUGCUAUCACAAGUGGCUAGGUUUGCCACAAUUACAAUCUGAAAGCUCCAAGCAUCACAAAAAUAUGAAGCGAGAAAUUUUCCUUAAUGGGCAAAAUUCUCUACUGCUGAGUUAUUGUGACACAGGCUUGUCAGAUGCUGAAUCACCUGGCCCUUGACAUCACAGCAAUUAUUGUCUCUGUAGGCUGAAAACAGUUACUCAAAAGAGAUUCUUCUUGUAAACUCCAAAUCUUGCAAUUAGAACUUGUUGCUUAAAACUAUUAUGUCCUAAAUUCCGCCUCUCUGUUUUGUGUAUCUGAGUAGGCGUAAGAAAAUCCCGGUCUUACUGUAUUAAGCACAGAUACAAUUUGUAUUCUUUGUUCUCGAGUUCCUGCAUUUUCUGAAAAUCAAUAAUUGGUUAUGGUGCGCAGUCCUUGCAAUGCAAAGCACAUUAAUGCUGCUGUGCGCUGAGAUCUAAUAUGGUCUGAUUAAUAACUCUGACAAGUCUUAAACUUGAUAAAAUGUUAUUAGGUAGUCCAUUUAAUGGAGGAACAAAACUAUCUCUAAGUACAAUAUCUUCUUUAAAAAAAUUUUAAUAAAAAAAAAAGACUAUUAAAAAGUAUAUUGGUCCUUUUUAUUACACAGUAAAAUAUAAACACUGACACGUUUCGCCAAUAAGGCUUUUUCUAAAAAAAAUUAAAAAAAAUAUGGUGAUGUGAAGAAAAAAACAAAACAGUGACAUUUUUUCUGGGAUUUUCAUUUGUAUUGAUUCAAAGUCCCUCCUGCAUGACAAAUCUUCACUGUUUGUUUUUUCCCCUAAAUUUUACAUCAGAUAAUUAAAAAAUACAUAUAUCUUUUUAUAACAAUAAAUAUAUCCGUUUUAUUACCUUCUCAUAUAAUGUGGCUAAAAUUUCAAUGUUCACCCGUACUUUUGAUUAAGAUAUACUUAACUGAGUUGCCAUGGGAACGAAAGUAUUUUAAAAAAUUGAAUCAACUUAUGUUCACAACCAAAAUAAAAGCUAGUCUUUUGGAGUUUGACUGGCCUUGAUUAAGUUAAUAACCUUAAGAAAGAGGAAAAAGCUAAUUUUCUCCUGCAAUUUAAAUAUCCACAAUCGGGUUACCACAGUAACCACUUAAACGGACCAAAUUUAAGAGUCAUUUUACCUACAGCUGCCUUUAAGUUUUAACAGAGAAAUUUACUGUGUUAAUACAAUUUAACGUUUUGCAAGACUGAUUGCAUCUUUUGGAGUCAAAAUCUGUUAUGCAAAUGUGACUGCAAUUCAAACUUUAUAGCAAUUUAAGUGUGUUUUCUUAAUAUUUAAUAUUCUUUACUAAAUUCUUAAUAUUAUGGUGUCAUUAGUUCCAUAAUCUUUAAAUUAUGUUAAAAGACUUGAAAUUUAGAAAACAAAAGGUAUUUAAAAAAGUUAGAGCGUCUUACGCUCACAACCAAUUUAAAACUAGACCUCUGCCACUAGAGGUGUUACAAGGCAGCAAUGAAAACACCGCCUUUCACAAUGCUAAUACUGCAGGGACAGGCUAUGGACAGCAGAACCUCUACAUGGAGCUGUAGUGUCCUUUUAAGAAUGAGAAAACUUUGUUUUAUCCCUUGCAAUUUUAAUGGCCAGAAUCCGUUUACCAUAGUAACCACUUAAACAGACCAAAUUUAAAAGAGAGUAAUUCUACCUAAAUACCAAAGUCUGCCUUAUCCUUCUUUUUAUACUGGAUACGUUCUUCUCUAAUUAAUUCUUCUUUUCAAUUCUGUUCAUAAUAAUUCUUAACUAUUAAUCUUUUAACAUUUGGGUUUGUUCUUCGUAAUCAACUAGAUGUGUACAAUUUCUUCUAAUUCUAAAGAAUUGACUCGGAGGUACACUAUUUAGCCAAGGUUCAUAAUGACAGCUUGACCUGUUAAUAAAUCCAUUUACCUGCACUUUCUCAAUAAUGUUUUGUGCAUAAUUAAUUUUUUUAUUUUUCUAUAAAAUCUUCAUGAGUGGACUGCGUACAAAUGUUCUACUAUGUUGUCCAAAGGCUAGUUUAAUGUUCCCUUAAGUAUCAUUAAUUAUUUACUGUUUUAUUUUCAAAAAGUAUCAUUAUUUAGCGAAACUGAUCAGCUCGAUAUCUUACAUAGUUACAUAGCUGAAAAGAGACUUGCGUCCAUCAAGUUCAGCCUUCCUCACGUAUGUUUUUGCUGUUGAUCCAAAAGAAGGCAAAAAAGCCAGUCUGAAGCGCUUCCAAUUUUGCAAGAAACUAGGAAAAAAAUCCUUCUUGACCCCAAAAUAGCAGUCAGAUGUCUCCUUGGAUCAAGCAGCUAUUGCCCCACUAAUUAGAAAUUAUAUCCCUGUAUGUUAUGUUUUGCAAGUAUUUAUCCAAUUGCAGUGUAAACAUCUGUAUAGACUCUGACAAAACCACCUCUUCAGGCAAAGAAUUCCAUAUCCUUAUUGCUCUUACUGUAAAAAAAACUUUUUUUUGCCUUAGAUGAAAUCUCCUUUCUUCCAGCCUAAAUGUGUGACCUCGUGUCCUAUGUAUAGUCCUGUUUAUGAAUAGAUUUCCAGAUAAUGGUUUGUACUGGCCCCAAAUAUAUUUGUAUAAUGUUAUCAUAUCCCCUCUCAGACGCCGUUUUUCAAAACUAAAGAGAUUUCAAUUUUUUUAACCUUUCUUCAUAACUAAAAUGCUCCAUUCCUUUGAUCAAUUUUGUAGCUUGUCUCUGCACUUUUUCUAGUGCCAUGAUAUCGUUCUUUAGAACAGGUGCCCAAAAUUGCACAGCAUAGUCAAGGUGUGGUCUUACCAGCAAUUUAUAAAGAGGCAAAAUUAUAUUUUCAUCUAUUUGUACAUGACAAAACCUUACUGGCCUUAGCAACGGCAGAUUGACAUUGCAUAUUGCUGCUUAAUUUGUUGUCUAUAACAAUUCCCAAAUCCUUCUUGUGUGUGGUUAUCCCUAGUUCACUACCAUUUAGGGUGUAAAUUGCUUGUGCAUUCUUAACCCCGAAGUGCAUAACUUUGCAUUUCUCUACGUUAAAAGUCAUCUGCCAUUUUAGUGCCCAGUCCCCCAAUCUAUCCAAAUCCCUCUGCAGCAAGGCAAUAUCCUGCUCACAUUUUAUUACUUUACAAAGUUUUGUGUCAUCUGCAAACCCUGAUCCAUGGCUUUCAAUGCCCAUUUCAAGAUCAUUUUAUAAAUAUGUUAAAUAGAAGCGGUCCCCAAAACAGAACCCUAAGGGACACCGCUUACCACUUUUGUCCAGCUUGAAAAUGUACCAUUAAUGACAACUCGUUGUACGCUAUCCUUAAGCCAAUGUUCUACCCAAGAACAAGAAUAUUCAUCUAGAACAAUUUCUUUUAGUUUGAAGACUAACCUAUUGUGAGGAACCGUAUCAAAUGCCUUGGCAAAAUCCAAGUAGAUCACAUCCACUGCAACACCCUGAUAUAUACUUCUACUUACUUCUUCGUAGAAUGCAAUUAGGUUAGUUUGACAUGACCUAUGUUUCAUAAAACCAUGCUGAUUAUUGCUAAUAACACAGUUCUUCACAAUGAAUUCCUGAAUAUUAUCCCUUAAUAGCAGUUCAAAUAAAUAGAAGUGAAUCUCUAUCCCUUAUAUAAAUCGUGUACCGUGUACGGUCAUACACCGAAUUUAUUGUCAACUAUGUGAUUCUGUAUUGUACCUGCUGUCUAAGAUUCUAAAUUAAGAAUUUUUUUAAUUAUUUUUUUUAAAGAUACAUCUUAAAAUUUAAUUAAAAUUUUACUAAAGUCUAUAGUAAAUUUUAGACCCCAAUGAUUAUUAUUAAGAGAUUCAUGACAAUUAACCAGAUCUGUUUCCAGACCUUCCCAAAUUAUAAAUUAACCCUCUAUAUAUCUGACAUAGGAGCCCAGAUUUCCCUUCCAACUACUUUGGGGCCAAAUAAAAUGGCCAUGCACAAAUUACCAUCACUGGGAUCAAAUCUAGUCCCCAUAGCUGUCCCUUAUAUCUGAAGAAAGAAUAUUCAUUAUUAAAAACAAAAAUAAUUGAAAUGGUUAAUACCUUUUUAUUAUUAUAUCCAUUUGUCUCUCAGGAAUCCUUUCUCCUUUUUUCCAACAUACAUUUAAUAGAAUUGCAUAAUUUGUCAUGUGGGAUAAAAGUAUACAAAAAAUCCACAUCACAUGUAACUAGUAUACAAAUUUUCCAUCUGCCCUCAAUUUUUGUGGCUUUUUGUGCUGCAUCGUUCAAUGUAUCUUAAAAGCGCUAAAGAAAUCGAAUUGUGAAAGAUGAGUAAAGUAAGAAUUGUGGAGAAUUCAGAAGGGAAACGCAAAUAACUAAAUGGAAAAAUUCUCACUUCAGUUUUUUUCCAGUUUGAUUAUUAUGGUCUAAAACCAACUGAGUUUGUUUCUUUCUUAAAAUUAAAAUGUAGUAGUGCCAAUGCUUCAUACACAGUCCCUCACGGCACCUGUUGUGGACUCAUACCUCCCAAGUGUCCCUAUCUUGGGCCCAAACCACUCUGUCCAUCUUUUCUAUCCUAAUGUUCUUAUUUUCUAGGAGCUCCAUAUUGUUAGUGUGUCUGAGUGUAUAACAGAGCUCCACAGCAAUAAUACUCCUAUCAGUGUGUCUGAGUGUAUAACAGAGCUCCACAGCAAUAAUACUCCUAGUAAUGUGUCUGAGAGUAUAACAGAGCUCCACCGCAAUAAUACUCCCAGUAAUGUGUCUGAGAGUAUAACUGAGCUCCACAGCAAUAAUACUCCCAGUAAUGUGUCUGAGGGUAUAACAGAGCUCCACAGCAACAAUAUUCCCAGUAAUGUGUCUAUAUAACAGAGCUCCACCGCAAUUAUACUCCCAGUAAUGUGUCUGUAUAAGAGAGCUCCACAGCAAUAAUACUCCCAGUAAUGUGUCUAAGUGUAUCACAGAGCUCCACAGUAGAGAUGUCGCGAACUGUCCGCUGAACUGUUCGUGAACUGUCCGCCGGCAAACAAUAGCGUGUUGGCGUUGGGCGAACAUAUCCGAUUUCUGGUUUGCCCCCUAUACGUCAUCAUUGAGUAAACUUUGACCCGGAACCUCACAGCCAGCAGACACAUUCCACCCAAUCAGCAGCAGACCCUCCCUCCCAGGAAGUGUCUGCUGACUGUGAGGUUCCGGGUCAAAGUUUACUCAAUGAUGACGUAUAGGGGGCGGACCGGAAAUCGGAUAUGGUCGCCCAAUGCGAACAAGCUAUUGUUCGCCAGCGGACAGUUCGCGAACAGUUCGGCGGACAGUUCGCGACAUCUCUACUCCACAGCAAUAAUACUCGCAGUAAUGUGUCUUUAAACUACAAUAAAUGUGUUUAGAAAUCAGUCUGUGUAAAUAAGAUACAUUGUAUAAAUUGUUAUUUACACGUCAUCUUAGAUUUCCCAGAUCAGUCUCUCCCCUGGUCACACCCCUAACAUUAAAGUGUGCCUUUUAGAUCAUUUGAAAUACUGGGAGGUGUGUGGACUAUAACUUCUUUCACCCUCCGCUAGCUAAAAUGCUGGUGAGCAAAAAAACAUAAUCUAAUACGGCUUAAAUACGAUUUUAAUAUCUGCCGUUUCAGCCUAAACCAUUUUAUAAUGUAAGAGGCCAUAACAUACAGGAAAAAUAACGUACAGGAAUAAUAAUGUACAGGAAAAAACGAAGUAUGAAGAAAAAAAAAAUGCAUCCAUUUUCAUCUUAUUUUCUGUACAUUAGAUUACAGUUAUUACACGCUGUGGCCAGGAUAAUGUUCCGCAUUAUAAUGAACAAUCCUCGAUUUAAAUAGCAAAGAUUAUAAAAAAAAAAAGAAGCCAUAAUUAGUUUUGCACAAGCGAACAUGCUGUUCAUUGUUACAGCCGUGCUUAUAAUAAAAUAAAUGUGCAUUACAGGUACAAUAGCACAUGAGUCACUCAGAUCUGAGUGCAAAGAAUACUUAUUUGUGGCUGAGUUUGACAGUCGUCGUCAUCAGCAUUAUUUCAAGUGAAAGCAAAGAUUGGAACAUUCUGUGAAAAAAGGGAGAGAUUAUCAAUCGUGUCUGCGGGAAAUUGUUUGUUUUUUUGUGUGUGUGUGUGUGUUUUGUUUUUUCAUUUUGCUGAUGAAUUUAAUUAUCUUUAAUAAAUGUAUAAUGAAUAUGAACCAUGAAUCUGUUCUGAAAUGCGCUCAUUAAGAGGCCGUUGACUCGCUCGCCCAAAAAAACAUGUCCAAUCGCUCUUGGCAAAAGGCCUCAAGCUGCGUCUCCAAUCUCCAUUCAUGGUGUUUUUGUAUGUUAACAUAGCCUUGUGCCUGAGGCUGAGGAAAUCAGGCAUUAAAAUAAAUGGGCUCUGAUCAGAUCUUUGCCAAUAUAGGCAAUAAGCACGUUCAGCAAUUGCAAACUGUAACACGGUACUGGUUAUGUCCUGCCAGAAUUUUUGUACUUUGGGAUCAUCCCUGUUUAUUCCUCUUUAUUACACUGAUUGUUUCUCUCUAAAUUUAUUUUAUCACGCCAUGUCCUCGAUGCGUUGUCUUGAAAAAUUAUUACAGUAUUGAAUUUAGUUUGCGGUCAUAAUUUGGAAAAUGUUAUAUUUAUUCCCAAGUAAAAUCUCAUUGGCACUGUAUAUAAUUACAUAGUUUUAAAGGGUUAAAAAAAUAUUCCCAGUGUUAUUCUCUAUAGUGAGAUUUCAAAGUGAACUUCAGGUUUAAGAGAAGAGUAUCCAAAAUGAGGGGGUUGGGUGGGGGGGAUAGAGUAGGAUUCCAUCCUGUUGCACUUAAAUUUUAAAUUCACUUUAAAUUUUCACUGUAGUGAAUGACCCUUAUAGAUUGAAACAUUGUUUCAGCUGAUAGAAUCUGGAGAGUAUGUGUUGCCUGUUGGAGUUAGUUAUGCAUGCUAAAAAAAAAAUAAAAAAAUAAAACAGAACUCAAAUGCAUGCAGGACAGGGUUUAGCGCCAGCUUGUUGCAGCGCCACCUACUGUACAGUCUGCCAAGCUACUCACAUUCUACAUUCAAUAAAUGGUUUUCUCUCUAGAAGGCCAAAUGUUCUACAGUUUUUUGGGGUUUUUUUCAAUAAAAGAAGCUGGUUUGCCAAGUUUUUCUGCAUACUAUACAUCAAUUCUUUUUUUUUCCAGGAUGUGUGGCAUCCAGCAUUUGGAAAGAGCUGGAGAAAACCUAUCCCUCUUCAAAUCCUUUUAUUUCUGCAUUGUUACCUUUUCUACAGUGGGGUACGGGGACGUCACCCCUAAAAUCUGGCCGUCUCAACUCUUGGUGGUCAUCAUGAUCUGCGUUGCCCUUGUAGUGUUACCUCUGCAGGUAAGUUAAUAAAUAAUUGUGUCUUGUUUUAUUUUAGUAAGAUAUUUUGUGGUCACUUCAAAUGAAAAUCUUGUAAACAGAACAAAACCUAACAUUUCUAGAAUGAAAAGGGUAAAAAGGACACUGCAUCACCUGUGGCCGAACUGAUUCCAUCUCGAGUGUUUGACAACAACUAUUAUCCUCUGCUUCCCAAACCAGUAAAAUAUUUGUAUAGACCAGGGAUCUCAAACUCCCCUCCCCUCCCCUUCCAUAUGUUGAUGGCCUACAACUCACAGAAUUAUUUAAACGCAAUAGACGUUUAGACAGAGAAUCAUGAAGCCCAUGGAACAGCAAGGGAAAAGGAAUGGGCCUUGAAAUUGCUUAGAGGCAGUUGGAAAAAGAUGCCCUCGGUGGCCGUGUUUAUUUUAUAUUAUGUUCUAUGGUAGUAUUGCUGUAUCUGCUAUUAAUUAUCGUUGGUAUCCGUGGUAGAAAGAGGAUCCAGGCACUCCAAGUAUCUUUAAAUGUAUUUAUUGGGACAAGUGAGAAACCACAACGUUUCGACCCCUGGAAGGGUCUUUGUCAAGCUGAAAGGGUCUUUACGUUGCGGUGUCUCAAUGUUCCAAUAAAUGUGAAGAUACCUGGAGUGCCUGGAUCCUCUUUCUAUCACUGAUAUCUACUCCCUGGGGGUGGUGCUGGCCCAUGGUCCAGUUUAGCACCCAGAUUUUCACGUAAUUGGAGUGAGGUUCAUUUUUUUUCUCGUUUUCCAAUGCAUUAUCGUUGGGUCAUUGUAUGUGGGUAUAAAUGGGUUUGCAGGACUUUUAAUAUGCCGUGUUAAGUGUUGAUUUGACAAUCACCUUUAUUUAUUGUUUAAUAUAUAAAAUGAAUAAAAGCUGCAACAAUUUUUAUCCAACUUUAAACUGUGUCUGUGUUGUAUGGAGUUCUAGUGAAGUUCGGGGUGAUUAGGCACAGUUUAUAACAGAAAAGGCUUGUUUAAAAUGCAUAUUAAAGGGCUGAAUUAAGAUAUUUGCAUACCUCCCAACAUUUCAAAUGGACAAAGAGGAAUUUAAUUUUAGGGGUGUGACCCAUGGUGGGGGUGUUGUGAGAAAUCUUACUUAGAAGUUAUAGUCCACACACCUCCCAGUAUUUCAAAUGAUCUAAGAGGCACACUUUAAUUUUAGGGGUGUGACCAGGGGAGAGACUGUUCUGGGAAAUUUGAGAUGACCUGUUAAUAACAAUUUAUACAAUGUAUCUUAUUUACACAGACUGAUUUCAAACACAUUUAUUGUAGUUUAAAGACACAUUGCUGGGAGUAUUAUUGCCGUGGAGCUCUGUUAUACACUCACAUUACUGGGGUUAUUAUUGCUGUGAAGUUCUGUUAUAUACUCAGACACAUUACUGGGAGUAUUAUUGCUGUGGCGCUCUGUUAUACAAUCAGACACAUUACUGGGAGUAUUAUUGCCGUGGAGCUCUGUUAUACACUCAAAUUACUGGGGUUAUUAUUGCUGUGAAGUUCUGUUAUAUACUCACACAUUACUGGGAGUAUUAUUGCUGUGAAGCUCUGUUAUACACUCAGACACAUUACUGGGAGUAUUAUUGCUGUGGAGCUCUGUUAUACACUCAGACACAUUACUGGGAGUAUUAUUGCUGUGGAGCUCUGUUAUACACUCAGACAUUACUGGGAGUAUUAUUGCUGUGGAGCUCUGUUAUACACUCAGACACAUUACUGGGAGUAUUAUUGCUGUGGAGCUCUGUUAUACACUCAGACACAUUACUGGGAGUAUUAUUGCUGUGGAGCUCUGUUAUACACACCAACUCACUGGAGUUUGCUUGAAAGUAGGCUAUUUAAAGUAGUCUCUUUUAAGUAGGAGUUGAAACUACAAGGGAGUUUAAACCAAGAGGGUUAAUAUUUUUUUUUUUUUUUUGCUCACUUGUGUUUUUUGUUACUGGGGAUGAGUGCUAGCAAGAUUGCAAAUUUAACUCAGUGCACAUCAUGCCGCAUGUAUGCAUGCCUGGAUGAUUCUGUCCAGGGUCCAUACCUCUGUGGUGGGUGUGAGUGAGUGGCAUUUCUGGAAGCUCAGAUUAGAGAUCUGGAGAGGCAAAUUGUAACACUGAGGGAGAUUGACAAUCUUGAGAGGAGUCUGCUGCUCACUGAGCAGAGUUUAGUGGGGACAGGUAGUGGAGAGGGAGGAGAUAAGACAGAUGGGAACAGGCACGUAGCUGGGUGACAGUGGGGAGAGGAAGCAGGGGGGGGAGGGAAGAGAAAAGGUUUAGCUAGUCCUGAUCUCAUGCAGCCUAACAGAUUUGCCCGUUUGAGUGAAGAUGUUGGGAGCAUCAGCUCAGGAGUAGCUGUACUGCAGGAAGCUGUUCCUGCUAACAGCCGUGGAAACAGCCCCUCUAGUACGGGUGGGGUUGAGAGGGUAAGGAAGGCUAUACAGGUUGUGGUGGUAGGGGACUCUAUUAUUAAGAAAGUAGAUAGGGUAAUCUGCCACUCUGAUCGACUCAACCGGACAGUUUGCUGUCUCCCGGGUGCUCGGGUCCGGCAUGUUGCCGACAGAGUGGAGGGAUUAUUGGGAGGGGCUGGAGAUGACCCAGCUGUCAUGGUCCAUAUUGGUACAAUGACAAAGUCAGAGGAAAAUGGAAGGUCCUAAAGAAUGAGUUCAGGGAACUAGGAAGUAAGCUAAAGAAAAGGACCUCCAAGGUAAUUUUUUCAGAAAUAUUACCUGUGCCACGCGCUACAGCAGAAAGGCAGCGGGAGAUUAGAGAGGUCAAUGCGUGGCUAAAGUCUUGGUGCAGGAAAGAGGGUUUUGGGUUUUUAGAGCACUGGGACGAUUUUGCGCUUGGGUACAACCUGUAUAGUCAUGAUGGAUUGCACCUAAAGGGAAGAGGGUCUGCUGUGCUGGGGGAUAGGAUGGCUAGAAGGUUGGAGGAGAUUUUAAACUAGUGGUAGGGGGGGAGGGUCAAAGCAAUCUAGAAAAUGGAGAUAGGAUGGAAAAGAGAUGGCUUUAGCUCAGAACAAAGGGGGUGGAGAUGGGGGAGGGGAAAACUCAGAACAGAGGAGGUAUGUAAUAUUGAUAAUUCACAAAAAGUACAAAAGACUCAUGAUAAUAUUAAAUGUAUGCUUACUAAUGCAAGGAGUCUAUAUAACAAAAUGGGGGAACUAGAGGCAAUAGCAUACACUAAACAAUAUGAUAUAAUAGGCAUAACAGAAACAUGGUGGGAUGAGACACAUGACUGGGCAGUUAAUUUAAAUGGGUAUACGUUAUUUAGGAAGGAUAGGAAAAACAAGAAGGAUGGUGGGGUAUGUUUAUAUGUCAACCGUGAGUUAAAGUCAAAUCUUAGGCAUGUGGAGUGUGACGAGGAAAAGGUGGAGGCUUUAUGGGUAGAUAUCUGCUUGGGGAAAACAAAGGGAAAUCAAUUAUUGGUUGGGAUAUGUUAUAAACCACCUAAUGUAAAUAUUAAUGAGGAAGAACAGCUGUUAGAGCAAAUUGAGAAAGCUGCAAAUCGGUGUAACACGUUAAUUAUUGGAGAUUUUAAUUAUCCAGACAUAAAUUGGGAAAGAGGGACUAGUACUUCAGCAAGGGGCAUCAGGUUUUUGAAUGUGUUAAAUGACACCUUUAUGUCACAGCACCAACUAGAAAGGAUGCUUGUCUGGAUCUUGUCAUAACAAACAAUGUUGAUCUUUUAACCAACAUUCAAGUAGGGGAGCAUUUGGGAAAUAGUGAUCACAAUAUGGUAAAUUUUGAAAUAAGCUCAAAAAAGCAAAAGCAAGUGGGGUAUACUAAAACAUAUAAUUUAAAAAAAGCCAAUUUCAAUAAGAUUAGGGCAGCUCUACAACAUAUCGACUGGCAUAAACUCCUUAGUGAUAAAAACACUGAGGAUAAAUGGAAACUAUUCAAACAAAUAUUAGAAAGGUACAUUUCUCAGUAUGUACCAUUGGGUAAUAAAUAUAAAAGAAACAAAUUAAAAACCAAUGUGGCUUAGUAGAAAAGUAAAACAAGAGAUUAAAAAUAAGAAAAGGGCAUUUAAAGCAUUAAAUCAGACAAAUCAGAGGCAUCCUAUUUAAGAUAUAAGGAAGCCAAUAACGCUUGCAAAAAGGCAAUUAAAGUGGCUAAACUAGAAAAUGAGAAAUUGAUAGCUAAAGAAUGCAAAACCAACCCCAAACAUUUUUUCAAGUACAUCAAUUCUAAAAAAACAAAAAAUGAAAGUGUAGGUACACUUGAAACAGAGUUGGGUUUAUUAGCUAAUGAAGACCAGGAAAAAGCAGAAAUUUUAAAUAACUAUGUUUCUUCAGUAUAUAUUAAUGAGGAUCCUAUGGUAAGAGAUAUGCAAAUGUUUGCUGCAAAAAACUUGCAAAUAACUUGUGAUUGGAUAACUCGAGACAAGGUGCUACAGCUAUUAAAGAAAAUUAAUGUAAAUAAAACUCCGGGGCCUGACUGUAUUCACCCACGAGUACUUAAGGAGCUAAGUGGGGAAAUAAGUGAACCUCUGUAUUUAAUUUUUCAAGAUUCUUUUGUUUCAGGUGUUGUACCGGAGGAUUGGAGGAAGGCAGAUGUUGUUCCUAUAUUUAAAAAGGGUUCAAAAUCCGUGCCUGGAAAUUAUAGACCUGUGAGCUUAACUUCUGUAACUGGGAAAAUAUUUGAAGGGCUUUUAAGGGAUAAUAUUCAGGAAUUCAUUGGGAAGAACUUUGUUAUUAGCAAUAAUCAGCAUGGUUUUAUGAAACAUAAGUCAUGUCAAACUAACCUAAUUGCAUUCUACGAAGAAGUAAGUAGAAGUAUAGAUCAGGGUGUUGCAGUGGAUGUGAUCUACUUGGAUUUUGCCAAGGCAUUUGAUACGGUUCUCACAAUAGGUUAGUCUUCAAACUAAAAGAAAUUGGUCUAGAUGAAUAUUCCUGUUCUUGGGUAGAACAUUGGCUUAAGGACAGAGUACAACGAGUUGUAAUUAAUGGUAAAUUUUCAGGCUGGACAAAAGUGGUAAGUGGUGUCCCUCAGGGUUCUGUUUUGGGACCACUUCUAUUUAACAUAUUUAUAAAUGAUCUUGAAAUAGGCAUUGAAAGCCAUGUAUCAGUGUUUGCAGAUGACACAAAACUUUGUAAAGUAAUAAAAUGUGAGCAGGAUAUUGCUUUGCUGCAGAGAGAUUUGGAUAGAUUGGGGGACUAGGCACUAAAAUGGCAGAUGAAAUUUAACAUAGAGAAAUGCAAAGUUAUGCACUUGGGGGUUAAGAAUGCACAAGCAACUUACACACUAAAUGGUAGUGAAUUAGGGAUAACCACACACGAGAAGGAUUUGGGAAUUGUUAUAGACAACAAAUUAGACAGCAAUAUGCAAUGUCCAUCUGCAGUUGCUAAGGCCAGUAAGAUUUUGUCAUGUAUAAAUAGGGGCAUAAAUUCUCGGGAUGAAAAUAUAAUUUUGCCUCUUUAUAAAUCCCUGGUAAGACCACACCUUGAAUAUGCUGUGCAAUUUUGGGCGCCUGUUCUAAAGAAAGAUAUCAUGGCGCUAGAAAAAGUCCAGAGACGAGCUACAAAAUUGAUAAAAGGAAUGGAGCAUUUUAGUUAUGAAGAAAGGUUAAAAAAAUUAAAUCUGCUUAGUUUGGAAAAACGGCGCCUGAGAGGGGAUAUGAUAACUUUAUACAAAUAUAUUCGGGGCCAGUACAAACCUUUAUCUGGAAAUCUAUUCAUAAACAGGGUUAUACAUAGGACACGAGGUCACACAUUUAGGCUGAAGAAAGGAGAUUUCAUCUAAGGCAAAGAAAAGGUUUUUUUACAGUAAGAACAAUAAGGAUAUGGAAUUCUCUGCCUGAAGAGGUGGUUUUGUCAGAGUCCAUACAGAUGUUUAAACUGAAAUUGGAUAAAUACUUACAAAAACAUAACAUACAGGGAUAUAAUUUCUAAUUAGUGGGGUAAUAGCUGAUUGAUCCAAGGAGACAUCUAUUUUGGGGUCAAGAAGGAAUUUUUUCCUAGUUUGUGGCAAAAUUGGAAGUGCUUCAGACCAGGUUUUUUGCCUUCUUUUGGAUCAACAGCAACAACAUUUCUGAGGAAGGCUGAACUUGAUGGACGCAAGUCUCUUUUCAGCUAUGUAACUAUGUAAUAUGGAGCUCCUAGAAAAGAGACAUUAGGAUAGAAAAGAGAGACCGAUGGAUUUAGACCAAAAUAGGGACUGACCCACCUAAAUAGGGACACUUGGUAGGUAUGUAUUUGCUGCCAUGCAUGAUGCAUUUUUGAAGAAUGACAAGCGCAACUUGUCUGGGCUUGCUUUUAUGUUAUGGCUGUUUCACUUAUAGAAUCUUGUUAUAAUGGUUUUUGGAAAGUGGGGUGCAUGUGCAAUAUGUAUGUGGGUCUAAAUACCGUCUUCCACAAGAAGCCUUUGUGUCACUCUGCAGCGGCUAUUGCUGCAGAACAUUGAUAAUUCUAUCAGAUUUUCAAAUAAUUGCAGAGUUAAAAUUGUCGAUCCCUGCUAAAAAUAUAUAUAAUGGCAAUGAGAAGAGAGAGCUGUUUCACUCAUCAUGAAAUAUGCAUCGUUCGGUAUAAAAGUCAGGGCUGCUGGGCUGCAUUGUAUUUUAAAUUCAGCUAAAGAUUUAAAAUGUCAUUUUUCAUGCUUCAACAAGGCUUGGGAGCAAGCCGGCUGCAGGAGUGAUUGAAAUCGUUCUUACAGAGAUAAUACAUGGGGUUUCUGAAAUAUUGAUCAUUUUAAUGACACUCACAUAUAAUAUGACCAGAUCAUCAGAUUGGAAGAAGUGCAGAGUUGUGUUUCCUCCAGCAGAAACAAUGGGCUUUUCUAACGAUAAACCAUCAUCCUUCAAAAUUUAUAACUGAAUUCUUAAGAUUUCCAUUGAACAUCACAAGCCGACUAGAAUUGGCAUUUUUUAUUUUUAAUAUUAAACUUUAGAGAUGCUUAAAGGUACAUUGCAGGCAGGGCCGGCGCGUCCAUAAGGUGGCACAGGCGUCUGUCUUAGGGCGCCAGGGCAGGGUGGCGCAAAAAUCUGAAUCCCCUGCCUCUGGCUGGAGACUCGAAUUAUUGAAAUCACCUCACUGUCCCUGCAGCCAGCACACAGCAGCCAGUGAAGUCCGCCGGCCUCAGGUGAUGAUGUCAGAAGGAUGGUGUGACUUCCACUGCUCUUCCCCCAGCUCCCAGACUCCUUCUGACAUUAUCUGAGGCCGGCUGAUUUCACUGGGUACAAGCUACAGCUCCUGUCCCACCUGACCUCCGGGAGGGGGAUGCACUAUAGUUGUUUGUUUUUAGCAAUUUUUUUUAAGUAUUGUGUGCCUGUAUGGUUGUGUGUCUGUGUGUUGCUAUAUAUCUAUGUAUACAUGCCAUGGGAGGAAAGACACACAAAGGGCCCUGGCGAGGGAGGGACACACACAACAGGCUGAGGGGUGAGAGUUACAGAAAGGGGAUGGGGGAUCAAAAGAGACACACAAAGGGGCUUGGGGGCAGAAAGAGACACACAAAGGGGCUGGGGGGAAGAAAGAGACACACAAAGGGCCCUCGUGAGAGGGACAUACAAAAUGGGCUGAGGGGACAGAGCUACAGAAAGGGGCUGGUGGAAAGAAAGAGACACACAAAGGAGCUGGAGGAAGUAAGAGAUGCACAAGGGGGCUUCUAAGAAACACACGAGGGGUGAAACACAAGGGUCAUCUCAUCUCUUCUUCUUUAGUUGCCAGGGCCUAAGUCCUUCAUCGAAAAAAUGGAUGAAAGGGGUUGGACUAAUUAUAUAAAUUUUGUGGAAAUGUAGUCACGAGAUAUUCGGAAGGACAGAAAAGUCAGACAGGGAUUGUAAGACAUAAUACUGGUCUAUGGCAUGAACAUGAUUUGUCUACAGUAUAAUUAGCCAAGUGUCAGAAACCAGAAUCUAGAAUCACGAUAUUUGGCAAAUUAGAAUCAUGAAACGGCUCUGAAGUACAGGACAGACUGUUUUCUAAAUGAUAAUGUAAAUUGAGACGCUUCCAUAAUGUACGAGUGCACGUGAAAUUAGUUUUAUGAUAUAGAGGCAAAGGAACAGGAUGAAAGUGACCUAUAAUUAGAGUAAUCAGAGCUAGCCGCCGAGUGAAAGGACACCGGUUAAUAAAUGGGAUGGUUUUAAAGAAACUCCGUCUGCUCAGUAAGGAUGGCCUUAUAACUGCUCUAAGAGAAAUAUUCCAGACGUGCUUUAAUUGUAAACUGUGUUUUUUGUUUUUUAUAUUCCUAAAUUAAAAACUCAAGCAUUUCAACUUUAUGGCCAAAGUAACCGAACUGGGGAAAAACUUUCUGUCCACUAUGCUUAGAAUUUGAAAUUCACUUUUAAAUUCUCACUUUACUAAACAACCCUGACCGUGUUAGGCAGCAGGAAUGCUUAUCCACAAAUUCUGCAACACUCAAUAAGGCAACUAAUCAUAGUGUGAGACUUUUCCACUUUAGAAGAAUUCUAAAGAAGCCCUACAAUGCACUUCUCAUAUUUUGUAUCAAGUCGUUUUUUUCAAAUCCCUUUACCUGAUCCUUCUUAAAAACAUCUUGGAUCAAGGUAAGCUCUCAUCUGAGGUUUAAACAGGAGCUUUUAUAUCGGUUCCGUGGCCGCAGGUUAUUUUUAGACCGUCUGCUCGGUGCCAAAUCCUGUAGCAUCGUGGGGGAUUCUAUCUGUCCUCUGAGACGGAAAGAGAUAGACCAUCACUGCCAUAUCGCAGGUUCUGGAAGUAUCCAGUUCAUUGAAGCAUGACCGAGCGUGAAACACGUCUACUUGAUGAUAUCUCUCCCUGGUAACAAAAUGAUGCAGAUGCCAAAGCCACAGGAACGAUCUUGUUUUGCAAUCUCGUAACUCGGCAUUUGAAAGACUUGUGUAAAAUUGUAAGAUUAAAGGGUUAUUUAUGUAUCUUCCUUACGACUAAAAAAAUAUUAAAAUUAUACAGUUUAUCAGGAGUGUUGGAAUUGUUUUAACGGCUAUUGAUUUUUGCAAUAGCUUGUUGUUGAUGUGAUCUAGAGCUGGUUAAAAAAAAAAGCUGUACUUUUGUAAAGCAGAUAAAAUGUAUUCUUAAUCUUCUCUAAACCACUGUCUGAAGUCUAAAGCAGGUGUGCAUUUCCCCUGAUUGUUCGCCAGAAUUAUUUGUAAGAGCAUUAUGGUAGAUGUAGUCCACAAUCCCUGGUCUAAAGGGUAAUCCAGAUGUAGACCCCUUGCUCGGGCACCUCACUGAGACCCACCAAAGGCAGUAACAAUGGUUUGGACCUAGCGUAUCAUUCAUUCAGAAAGGACUCACCGUGGAAUAAUCUGUUCAGGUUUUUUACAUUUCAGUCGAUUAUACUUGGUAGUCAGCUUGUUCAGAUAAAACCACAUUUGAAAUCCCAGCCCCCAACAUCGGCAUCCCAUGAGUUAGAACCCAGGUUGGCAGGAUAAUAGGGAACCAGCCAGUUAUGUGAAUCGCAUCACUGGAGCCACUCAAAGAGGAUGGACCUGCAAGGAAUGGCAGCAAGUCCACUGGAGAAUUUGUAGGUCCGUCUGACUUGAAUUCACACCAGGCCACCUGCCAAUCACGCAUGAUGGACCCACUGAGCAUGAACCAUGCAUGGAGGGCUGUUUCAUUGCUCUAUGCAUGGUCCUAAUGCCCUGAGCAUAGCACAAACAUGUCUAAUGCUGCACUAUUGCUAUGCUUUUUGGGGGCAUCUCCUUAGUGUCCCAAAGGCAGGACACCCUGUAAGAAACCCAGGACGGUUGGACAGGAUCCUAAAAUUAGUCAUUAGUAGGGAUGGUUGGAAGACCUGUUUAAAAUUCUAAUUUUUAUUCCCAAAUAUGCACAGCACAUUUCAUUAGGGUGGACACUCGGGGAAUGUUUUUAAUGUGUAUAAUGAACAUUUUGUUGCACAUUAUUUCUGUUUCUCCAACUCCUCUUAGUAUGUUCAAUAACAGAAACAAGCAGAGAUUAUAGCAAUGAUUGUCAUGGAGCCAAGAUAGAGGCACUCUGUUUCAAGGCAAGACUACAGCGGUGGGAAUUUCUGCAUUUAGCUUUAAGUUUUUAUACUUCACAAGCAUAUAUGUGGGGGUUGGUGGGGACAAUAAGUCCACCCCCUUGUUAUUUAGGGCCCCAAACUACUGCCAAUAGGUGGAGACUAAACUGAUCACUAGGUCUCCCUGUUUAUUUUAAUGGCUCCCACUUGCAGGGCAGGGGGGCAAAGGGGGUUGAGACAAUAGAUCCCUUUUACUGGUGGGGGAGGGGGGGAUAACUACAGGGUAGGCCAAAAGUAACCAUAUUUUAUUAGGUGCCCCUGGGGCUGCCACACCACAGGGGGCCUGUGCUUUUAUUCAAUACAGAUGGGCACUGCCUCGCUGUAGGCAGGGACGUAUCUUACACGAGGCAAACAAGGCAUCUGCCUUGGGCGGUCCUUUGCAGCGGGUGGCAAAAAAAAGCCCCCCCCCCCCAAACGCCCAGGCAGAUCCCUUGCUUGUCUCAUGUCCUGGGGGGCUGGCCGGCUGGCCACUUUUGAGCCCCCCCGAAGCUGGUGGCGGGCAGCGAGGGAGCAUACUCACCUGAGCUCUUCCUGCUCAGCUCCCUCCGUGCCGCUUAAUGAAGCCAGGAAACUGAAUAUGAUAUCACUCCGGCUCCCGGCAUCACUAAGCAGCGCGCAAGGGAGCUGAGCAGGAAAAUCACAGUCUGUCAGUAAAUGUGUGUGUGUGUGUGUCUGUGAGUGAAUGUGUGUUUGUGAGUGUGUGUCUGUGAGUAAAUGUGUGUGUGUCUGUGAGUGAAUGAGUGUUUGUAUCUGUGUGUAAAUGUGUGUGUGUGUGUAUGUGUCGGUCAGUGUGUUUGUGCGUCUGUCAGUGUGUCUGAGUAAUAGUGUGUGUCUGUCUAUCAGUGUGUCAAAUCAGUGUGUGCUUGUCAUUGUAUAUGAGAGUGUUUAUCUAUCAGUGAGUGUGUACGUCUGUCAGUCAAAGUGCGGCCUUGACUGGAAGGGGUGGGGAAAAUUUAAAUUAAGAGGGGGUGUCCGAGCACCAUCCUGCCUAGGGCAGCACAAAUCCUAAAUACAUCACUGGCUGUAGGAGACAUGUGCUUGGCCCAUUUUUCCACUGGCUUGCGCAGUCAGCUUAGCUCCCCACAAUGCUCACUGUGUAACCUGGAUGCAGCGAGCACAUGUUACUAUUUUAAAAGUCUCACGCUCUGUCCAUUGAGGCUAAUCUUGUUAGUGGACUCGGUACUACGAGGUAAGGAUGAUUUUAUUUAUUUGUUUUUACAUAUACUAAUUUAUAACUCGAUAAAUGUUUACUGAGAUGAUGGAGAAAGGGACUUCCUGGAAUUCGCAAUCCCCUAGUAAAACACUUUCUCCACAAUCCUGGAUUAGUAAAUAAGCCCCUUCUGAGUAAGUAAAUAAUUGUGUGUGUUCGUUUGAGCUUUGUUCAAAUCUCUCUUUUGCAUUCACUUUUCUAUUUGUUUAUUUAAUAUAAAAUCUGCCCAGAGCAUAUGCUCUUAUCACGCUCUUAACAAAUCCCUUGUUGUGUUUCAGUUUGAAGAACUGGUUUAUCUGUGGAUGGAACGUCAAAAAUCUGGAGGAAAUUAUAGCCGCCAUCGAGCCCAAACUGAGAAGCACGUGGUCCUCUGUGUCAGCUCUCUGAAAAUCGAUCUUCUCAUGGACUUUCUCAAUGAAUUCUAUGCACACCCCAGGCUGCAGGUGACUUAGAUAUAUGUUUGCAAAAAAAGCACACACUAAAAAAGAGGGGAAAUGCUUCCUGCAGGGUGCUCCAGAAAGGGACAGCCAAUCCCUAAAAACAUGAAAUGGAAGGAAAAAAAAUUAAACCUUAGAGGGACACCAAGGGCACCAUAAUAACUUUAUUGGAAACGGCUUGUGAAAAACGUUUCUCAAGCUACUUUAUGAAUGGGGAGCUACUGAGAAGCUGAGAGCGUCAACUGACUCUCUCUUCCUAUCAAUAGGUGACCCUUUCUGGACUAUUGAACUGUUGAUUGACCCUAUCAAAGUGUAUAUUAAUGAACUCUGAUUUCCUUUUGCCAUUAUUUGUGGUGCAUCCAAAACCUAGUCCUAUCACCCAAGGUUAAACAAUGUCUUGUUUCAGGAUUACUAUGUGGUGAUUCUUUGUCCCACCGAAAUGGACAUUCAAGUUAGACGUGUCCUUCAGAUCCCACUGUGGUCUCAACGCGUUAUCUAUCUCCAAGGUUCUGCCCUGAAAGAUCAAGAUCUCAUGAGAGCAAAGUAAGGGAAAUACUGUCUUUUUUAUAUUGGUUUGGACAGUGUAACCUUAACCGUAUUUAAAGAUCUUUGUCAAGAACGUGAUUUUCUUAAAUUGAAGGGAUACAUGCUGAUUCAAGACCCUCCAACCCAGAUUUUCAGAAGGACAUUUCAGAGGCACAAACCACUAUCUAACCAAUACACGGGGGUAGUGGACCCAAGUCAAAGGCACUCAGAUCAUUUCGCUUGCCCAUUUUUACUGCUUCCAACACAUGAAAUGAAAGAACUGACCUAAUCUAUCCCUCCCCUUAAGAGGUGCCAUUGUUGCAAUAUAAUUAAUGUAAUUCACGUCACAUGUCAGUAGUUUUAAUGGUUAGUGGUUGUGGCUGAUCAGAGUUAGGCUUAAAAAACAAAUAAAGAACCCAGAAAAUGAGAACUGAUUAGCCCUGAGGAUUUACAUGAUAACAUGAUGUUUGUUAUUUAAAAAGUAGGAUAUUCGUAAAAACAGCCAUGAGUUUCAGCAGAAAAAAUAUAUGACAAAUAUAUAUGCAUUUUUACAAGCAGUUAUUUUUACGAAACCCCCAAAUCACCACCACGGGAUGUGCUCAUUGAAAGGAAUCUGGCGAACGAGCAGAAAACCAGGCCCCUAUAGGCACAAAUUCUACAGACUGAUCUGCUCCCUCGAUAAAAUAUGGGAUAAUAUAAAGUAGGUGUUGUGGGUGGGGCCUGGAUGGACUGGUACUUGGUGGUAUUGACUUGUAGCCACCUUAAUCCGUUUCUUCAGGUCCCCUUAAAAAAUGUAUCUUUCUAGGCAGCUGCCUAGCGUGCUUUGUUCAUUAUGUUAAACACGACCCUGGGAAGAAUCUAAUACCACCUUUCUAACAGCCAGGUAAACCUGCUUCUUGUUUUACAGAAUGGAUGACGCCGAGGCCUGUUUUAUCCUCAGUAGCCGCAACGAGGUGGACCGCACGGCAGCCGUAAGAACACUCAGUAUACCCUCCUAUGUUGUAAUGUCCGGCAGUGGCAGACUGUGAGAUAGAAAUUAUUCCUUUAAUCGCUACAAACACACAUUCUAGAGAACGGGAGAAGAGCUUGUUUUACAUGAGUGUUUAAGCCGGGGUUUAAUUUGAGAGAAGACCACCUUUCUGGCACUGAAGAGGUUAAUAUGUUACUAUAGUAUUUAAUGGCGAAUGCUUGUGUCCAAUUGGUACAUAGCAGAAGCACGCCAAGCGUAGCACGAUGAAUACAAACCCCCCUGUUCUCUCUGCGAUAAGGCGCACCAUCAAUCAAACCAUCCUAAUAAAUUUGUUUCCAUUAGGACCAUCAGACUAUUUUGAGAGCCUGGGCCGUGAAAGACUUCGCACCCAACUGCCCCCUGUAUGUCCAGAUUCUGAAACCGGAAAAUAAGUUCCAUGUGAAAUUUGCAGGUGAGACUCGUGUUACGAAAACAAAAGAGAGAUCACAUGACUCCUAGUGACAGACAGUUUUAUUUCAUUGUCCGGCUUUGUGGAUACAGUAUCUGGAUUGUCUGCGUAUAUAACACCAUCUAUCUUUAUACUAAUUCCAAGUGUGUGCAUAUCUAUCUAUCCAUAACCCUUCCAUCUGUGUCUACUGUAUACCCCCGACUGUCUAUACAUUAACCCUUUCAUCUGUGUCUAUACCCCAGACUGUCUACACAUUAACCCUUCCAUCUGUGUCUAUACCCAUCCCCCGACUGUCUAUACAUUAACCCUUCCAUCUGUGUCUACACCCAUCCCCCGACUGUCUAUACAUUAACCCUUCCAUCUGUGUCUAUACCGCCGUGUGUCUAUACAUUAACCCUUUCAUCUAUGUGUCUAUACCCAUCCCCCGACUGUCUAUACAUUAACCCUUUCAUCUAUGUGUCUAUACCCAUCCCCCGACUGUCUAUACAUUAACCCUUCCAUCUGUGUCUAUACCCAUCCCCUGACUGUCUAUACAUUAACCCUUCCAUCUGUGUCUAUGCCCAUCCCCCAACUGUCUAUACAUUAACCCUUUCAUCUGUGUCUAUACCCAUCCCCCGACUGUCUAUACAUUAACCCUUUCAUCUGUGUCUAUACCCAUCCCCGACUGUCUAUACAUUAACCCUUUCAUCUAUGUGUCUAUACCUAUCCCCCGACUGUCUAUACAUUAACCCUUUCAUCUAUGUGUCUAUACCCAUCCCCCGACUGUCUACACAUUAACCCUUCCAUCUGUGUCUAUACCCAUCCCUCGACUGCCUAUACAUUAACUCUUUCAUCUGUGUGUCUAUACCCAUCCCCCGACUGUCUAUACAUUAACCCUUCCAUCUGUGUCUAUACCCAUCCCUCGACUGAUUAUACAUUAACUCUUUCAUCUGUGUGUCUAUACCCAUCCCCCGACUGUCUAUACAUUAACCCUUUCAUCUGUGUCUAUACCCAUCCCUCAACUGUCUAUACAUUAACUCUUUCAUCUGUGUGUCUAUACCCAUCCCCCGACUGUCUAUACAUUAACCCUUUCAUCUGUGUCUAUACCCAUCCCCCGACUGUCUAUACAUUAACCCUUCCAUCUGUGUCUAUACCAUCCCCCGACUGUCUAUACAUUAACCCUUUCAUUUAUGUGUCUAUACACAUCCCCCGACUGUCUAUACAUUAAUCCUUCCUUCUAUGUGUCCAUACCCAUCCCCUGACUGUUUAUACAUUAACCCUUCCAUCUAUGUGUCUAUACCCAUCCCCCCGACUGUCUAUACAUUAACCCCUUCCAUCUAUGUGUCUAUACCCAUCCCCCUGACUGUCUGUACAUUAACCCUUCCAUCUAUGUGUCUAUACAUUAACCCUUCCAUCUAUGUGUCUAUACCCAUCCCCCCGACUGUCUAUACAUUAACCCUUCCAUCCAUGUGUCUAUACCUAUCCCCCGACUGUCUAUACAUUAACCCUUCCAUCUGUGUCUCUACCCCCGUGUGUCUAUACAUUAACCCUUCCAUCUGUGUCUCUACCCCCGUGUGUCUAUACAUUAACCCUUCCAUCUAUGAGUCUAUACCCAUCCCCCGACUGUCUAUACAUUAACCCUUCCAUCUAGGUGUCUAUACCCAUCCCCCAUUGUCUAUACAUUAACCUUCCAUCUAUGUGUCUUUCCCCAUCCCCCGACUGUCUAUACAUUAACCCCUCCAUCUGUGUCUAUACCGCCGAGUGUCUAUACAUGAACUCUUCCAUCUAUGUGUCUAUACCCAUACCCCGACUGUCUAUACAUUAACCCCUACAUCUAUGUGUCUAUACCCAUCCCCCGACUGUCUAUACAUUAACCCUUCCAUCUGUGUCUAUACCCAUCCCCCGACUGUCUAUACAUUAACCCUUCCUUCUGUGUCUAUACAUUAACCCCUACAUCUAUGUGUCUAUACCCAUCCCCCGACUGUCUAUACAUUAACCCUUCCAUCUGUGUCUAUACCCAUCCACUGACUGUCUAUACAUUAACCCCUCCAUCUGUGUCUAUACAUGAACACUGCCAUCUAUGUGUCUAUACAUUAACCCUUCCAUCUAUGUGUCUAUACCCAUCCACCGACUGUCUAUACAUUAACCCUUCCAUCUGUGUCUAUACCCCCAUGUGCCUAUACAUUAACCCUUCCAUCUAUGUGUCUAUACCCAUCCCCCUGACUGUCUAUACAUUAACCCUUCCAUCUAUGUGUCUAUACCCAUCCACCGACUGUCUACACAUUAACCCUUCCAUCUAUGUGUCUAUACCCAUCUACUGACUGUGUGUACAUCAACCCUUUCAUCUGUGUCUCGACCUAUCCAUUGACUGUCUAUACAUUAACCCUUCUAUCUGUGUCUAGAACUACUGGGCCACGUAAGGAAAGGGUUAAUGUAUAGACCGAUUCAUUUUGACUAAUAACCAGAAUAAAAAACAUGCCGGUUUAAUCCUGAUGACUUUGUAUACCUGAUCUUUAAUGCACUUCCCAAAUAAAGUCAGCACUGUGUUCUGUAAAAAUAACAAUUGUGUGAAACCUCUCUGUUACAGAUCACGUGGUUUGUGAAGAAGAGUUUAAAUACGCCAUGCUGGCUUUGAAUUGUGUGUGCCCGGCAACCUCAACGCUCAUCACACUUCUAGUUCAUACCUCUAGGGGGCAGUAAGUAUACUGUGUAUACAGCGUAACACUGCACUAGACAUGUCAGACUUCUCUGCACUAAUCCGAACUGAACAGAGAAAGCAUUCAAUUAAAAAGCACUUAAUGCCGCUACUGAUCCGGAUUUCUAUAAUAGAUGCCCUUUACAUGAAAAAAGCUCUGCAGACAUCGUUAUGGUUAUAGAUGGAUGCACGACGUGUGUGUGUGUGUGUGGGUGCAUGCAUGCAUAUAUGUGUGUGUGUGUGUGUGUGUGUAUGUAUGUAUAUACAUAUAUUUCAUAUAUAUAUAUAAUAAAUAUUUAUAAAAUUAGUGUAUGUGGUCCAAGUCUUUUAUGCCCUGCAAGCAAUUCAUUAUUCUGUCUAUACAUUUCAUUGUAAUUCAAAUAUCUAUAAUGUAACAUGAUUCUUUGUGAUUCUUUAUUGAAUUAAUUUGCAUUUGCCCACCCAGAAUCCCUUGCAGUAGUAACAUCACUGCAAAUUUGACAUUUCUGUGGGCAAAGCAAGUCUUAUGGCUUGACCGGUGUACAGAUCUAUGUUUAACAAUGUAUUCCCUAUACAUUGACUUCAGGUGGAAGAGGUUUUCAAUCACAGUUUUUCCCCACCAUAAUUUUCUUGGUUGGCACAGCAUCUGCCAAUCGGUUUACUCUUGGCCUAACUGGACAGUACCAUACAGGGCACAGACAGUGUUUAGAGUUCUGUACAAUAGUAUGUAGAAGUUUCUGAUAGCAGCUCUGUUUGAAGUGGAAUCAAGCCUCCAGAAUUUAAUCUCACCCCCGUGCUUGUAGGGAAGGCCAGCAGUCACCGGAGCAGUGGCAGAGGAUGUACGGACGCUGUUCUGGUAAUGAGGUUUAUCAUAUCCGAAUGGCGGACAGCAAAUUCUUCAUGGAGUACGAAGGGAAGAGUUUUACUUACGCAGCCUUCCAUGCACACAAAAAGUAAGGACAGAUACCCAUAACCUUUAACUGUUAAACCUUGUUUGCUUAAUGGUUUACUGUUUAAUUAGAAUUGUUUUUUUUUACUCAUAGAGUAACCCUAGGAAAGUGCUAGAAUAUCGUUCCAAUGCUAAAGUGCAUAAUCCUUUUAAAUUGCAAAAAUGCUUAUCACAUGACCCAAACAGAAACUGCAACUAAAAUCUCUCAAUAUUUUAUGUGCAAAAAUCAAGCAAUAUGCAACAACCACAAAACAACCCUAUUAAUAUGGUAUUUAUAAUAAAUUCAUAUAAUACCCUUUAUGUGUAGUCUUCUUAAUUGGCAAUGACACAUGUAUACCAAAAAGGAAAAAAAAAGACAUACAAUAGUGCUAGUAUGAAUAAUACAGUAUGAAGGAAAUUAAAAUUAUAGAAAGGCUUUUAAUGUGCCCACUCACAUUUAAUAGAGCCUGGAAAAAGACUCUAAAAUCAAAGCGUUUAUUCUGGCUCUUUUCACUUAAUCAGAUAUUUAAAAAAUAAAUAAAUAAAAUAACCUCUAAGAAAAAACCCUCUGAUACAAACAUAAGUUCCACUCACAUGUGUCAGAGCCCUGAAUAACACUCAGCCCUCCGAUUGAAGCUCCAUUUAAAAAACAUAUAUAUUUUUAAAAUGACAGGAUUUUCUACAAUGAUGCCUAUUUAUCUCUUUGAAGCUGAGGUUGGGGAUUACAGCUAAUUCUGUGUAGACUGAAAAUGCUAUUCUAAGGGAGCAUUCCCUUCUCUUCUACAAGGAGAAUGUCUGUCCUCUAGAGGGAAUGAGUGGCCGGUAACUGACAGAUUAAAGGUUGCGUGCAAUAAAUCUGCCUAUUACUGUCCUAAAUUUUCUUUCCUGCAACUAAAGAUUUAUAUGAUCUUCAGAGAGGGUCAUGUAAGAGUAACCUGCCCAUUGGGGGGGAGGAGGGGGAGAGAGAAUUGGCUGUAUAAGUAUACAAUGUAAUUGCUUUUGCUGUAUCGGUCGUAAGACAAUAGAAGCAGUUGGAGAAUAAACAACUAAUUAUGGCACUGAUUUUAAUAUUUUUGGAUAAAAAUAUAUUUUAAUAUUUAGAUUUGUUUUCUAAUAUACUGAUAUAUUUUUAUAUAUGAUAUAUAUAUUUUUUUAUAUUUUAAUAUAAAAUUUGAAUAUUAAAUAUUUAAUAAGUUGUCUCUUUGUCUCCUCUGUGGGUGUGUUGUAGAUACGGAGUGUGUUUGAUCGGCGUUAAGAGAGAAGACAAUAAGAGCAUAUUAUUGAAUCCUGGUCCCAGACACAUCAUGGCGGGAUCCGACACCUGUUUCUACAUUAAUAUCACCAAGGAGGAAAAUUCAGCUUUCAUCUUUAAGCAGGAGGAAAAGCAGAAAAGGAAAGGCCGGGGACUGUAUGACGGGCCAUCCCGACUGCCCGUACACAGCAUCAUUGCCAGCAUGGGUAAUUAUUUAGAAAAUAACUUUCUUUCAUUUAUCUUGUAAUGGAAGUCUAAGGUUGCUUUCUUUAAGUACAUAUUGACACAUCUUUAUGAAAGGAAAUCUAUCACAAUAGUUUGAUAUAAACCAUGGCACUAUUAAAAAGUUGCAUCCGUUCUUCGCCUUACAGGCUCCCGUUAAUUGUAAAAUGGACUGAAGGGAUACUAUUUUACUUAAAUUUAGGUUUCUCAAUGUAUGCCAACAGGGUUUCAGUUUAAUCUCGUUGUAAUCUAAACAAGGCUAAAUAAUUUAGCUAGGAGAUUAUUUGGCUCGGAGUGCAAAGAAUAACAUAUUCCAAAUGUUGUCCGGUGUUGACCACUAUUACUGGACGUUAAAAGGACCUUCUAAGUACCACAGCUACUACAGAUCAUGGUGCUGGGAGUCUGAGUGUCAUUCCUCUGUCUAAUGUCAAACGGUUUGGGAGUGGUUUGGCAAAAAAAAGGGACUCUUCAGCCGCCUUGAUAAUGGGGAAUUUUAAACUUCUGCAUUACUAAACCAUCACUAAAACUAUCCGAUCUAGUAGGUUGGUGUUUUAGGGAGCCCAUCUAAAUGAAAUGUCAGGCACAACACCAAGUGUAGUGGUGUUGUGGAGACAGGCUCAGGCACCAAGUGUAGUGGUGUUGUGGAGACAGGCUCAGGCACCAAGUGUAGUGGUGUUGUGGAGACAGGCUCAGGCACCAAGUGUAGUGGUGUUGUGGAGACAGGCUCAGGCACCAAGUGUAGUGGUGUUGUGGAGACAGACUUGCAGACUACAGUGAGGCCUAAUAGAAAUCAGUUGUUGUUGGGGGAUUCCAUCAUAAGAGGUGUUGGUGCUGGACAAUAGUGAUCUUGUGAAAUGUCUUCCCGGAGCUACUGCUCACAGAGACAGGAGACGUAUCUGUAAUAUUGUUAAGCGAGCAAAGCAGGAAGGUGAAUUGGAUGUACUUGUCCAUCUUGGGACAAAUGACUUGGCUUGCAAUGAGGUUUCAGAGGUUAAGGAAGUUUUUAGUGUUUUUGCCAAUGAUAUAAGGCAGGUUGCUUCCAUACUGUCAUUCUCUGAAGUUCUGCCUGUGCAUAAUACAGAACGACAGGCGGAUGCGUAUUAGGGACUUUAACUUUUGCCUUGGUGAAUGGUUUUGUGAGCAAGGAUUUGGCUUUAUUUCUCAUGGUAGCUCUGUUUGGAAUGGAAUGGAAAUAACCUGUACAAAAAAGAUGGUUUGCAUCUUUCUCAAAAGGGAGCAAAUGUUCUCAGUGACCAGUUCAGAGGUUUUGCUAGGAUGUAUUUAAACUAGGAGGGAAGGGGGCAAAAGGGUGAUAAAACAUCAAUCCAAUUGCCCCCCAAAACAAGGACAGACGGUGCCUGUAGCAAGUGUGUUAAAAAAUGAUAAGCUUAGAGUCAUGUCUACAAAUGCUCGCAGUUUAGGGAAUAAGAUCCAUGAACUUGUGGCAAUAAUGGCAACUGAUAGUGUAGAUUUAGUCGCUGUUACUGAGACAUGGUAUAAUGAGAAAAAUGACUGGGACAUAGCAAUACAAGGGUACUCUUUAUAUAGGAAAGAUAGGGAAGGCGAGAAAGGGGGAGGGGUGGCCCUGUAAGUGAAGGAUAGCAUAAAAUCUAGCCUAAUAAAAGUUAGUGAGGCAAACAUAGAUUCCGUUUGGGCUACGUUAGAAUUUGGUAAUCACACAGUAACUCGUGUAGGUGUGAUUUAUAGGCCCCCAGGACAAAUAGAAGAGUUGGAUAAUCUACAAGUUGAGGAAAUAGCUAAAAUGACAAUGAAGGGGGGAGUUAUCAUCAUGGCUGACUUUAAUCUUCCUGAUGUGAACUGGAAAACCAAAAUAGCUACUUGUGCCAGGAACACACAUAUUCUAAACUCCCUACUGGGAUUGUCUCUAAAACAACUCGUUGAGGAGUCAACUCAUAAGAAGGUCAUACUAGAUUUAGUGUUAACAAAUAGAUAUUUGGUAUCAGAUAUUACUGUAGGUGAAAGUUUAGGAUCCAGUGAUCAUCAGUCACUGUGGUUUAGGGGGAUAAAACAUUUUUAGACACAUAAAUGAGAAAAGGAAAGUAAAACAAGGAUUAGUUAGAUUAAAAACAAAAGAAGGAAGGUAUGUAGAAGAGGAUAAAGGUCAGGCUGACUGCCUCAAUGAAUAUUUUUGUUCAGUAUUUACAGAUGAAAAUGAAGGAAAGGGGCCUCAGUUAGGAAAAAGGACAAAUGAGUCAUUUGUUACAUGUGAGUUUUACAGAGGAAGAGGUUCUAUUUCAACUGUCAAAAGUAAAGACAAAUAAGUCAAUGGGACCUGAUGGAAUACACCCAAAGUUAUUAAACGAGCUUAGUGGUGUACUGGCAAAACCAUUAACAGAUUUAUUUAACCAAUCAUUGUUAACAGGAGUAGUCCCAGAAGAUUGGAAGUUAGCUAAUGUUGUGCCCAUUCACAAGAAAGGUAAUAGGGAGGAGUCAGGCAACUAUAGGCCAGUAAGCCUUACUUCAGUAGUGGGGAAAGUGAUGGAAACCAUGUUAAAGGAUAGGAUUGUUGAACAUCUAAAAACACAUGGAUUUCAAGAUCAGAGACAACAUGGGUUUACUUCAGGGAGAUCAUGUCAAACUAAUCUUAUUGAUUUUUUUGAUUGGGUAACUAAAAUUAUAGAUCAGGGUGGUGCAGUAGACAUUGCUUAUCUAGAUUUCAGUAAGGCUGUUGACACUGUUGCACGUAGAAGGCUUAUCAAUAAACUGCAAUCUUUAAGUUUGGAUUCCAAUAUUGUUGAAUGGGUAAGGCAGUGGCUGAGUGACAGGCAACAGAGGGUUGUAGUUAAUGGAAUAUAUUCGAAGCUUGGACUUGUCACCAGUGGGGUACCUCAGGGAUCUGUACUUGGACCCAUUCUCUUUAAUAUUUUUAUUAGUGAUAUUGCAGAAGGUCUUGAUGGUAAUGUAUGUCUUUUUGCUGAUGAUAAUAAGAUAUGUAACAGGGUUGAUGUUCCAGGAGGGAUAAGACAAAUGGCAAAUGAUUUAGGUAAACUAGAAAAAUGGUCAGAAUUGUGGCAACUGACAUUUAAUGUAGAUAAGUGCAAGAUAAUGCAUCUUGGGCAUAAAAACCCAAGGGUGGAGUACAGAAUAUUUGAUAGAGUCCUAACCUCAACAUCUGAGGAAAGGGAUUUGGGGGUAAUUAUUUCUGAUGACUUAAAAGUUACCAGUGUACCAAUGUAAUAAAGCAGCAGGAAAUGCUAGCAGAAUGCUUGGUUGUAUAGGGAGAGGUAUUAGCGGUAGAAAGAGGGAAGUGCUCAUGCCAUUGUACAGAACACUGGUGAGACCUCACUUGGAGUAUUGUACUCAGUACUGGAGACUUCAGAAGGUUAUUGAUACUUUAGAGAGAGUUUAGAGAAGGGCUACGAAACUGGUUCAUGGAUUGCAGGAUAAAACGUACAAGGAAAGGUUAAAGGAACUUAACAUGUAUAGCUUGGAGGAAAGACAAGACAGGGGGGAUAUGAUAGAAACAUUUAAAUACAUAAAGGGAAUCAACACAGUAACGGAGGAGACUAUAUUUAAAAGAAGGAAAAACUACCACAACAAAAGGACAUAGUCUUACAUUAGAGGGGCAAAGGUUUAAAAAUAAUAUCCGGAAGUAUUACUUUACUGAAAGGGUAGUGGAUGCAUGGAAUAGCCUUCCAGCUGAAGUGGUAGAGGUUAACACAGUAAAGGAGUUUAAGCAUGUGUGGGAUAGGCAUAAGGCUAUCCUAACUAUAAGAUAAGGCCAGGGACUAAUGGAAGUAUUUAGAGAAUUGGGCAGACUAGAUGGGCCGAAUGGUUCUUAUCUGCUGCCACAUUCUAUAUUUCUAUGUUGCAGGGCCCUGUGGACCAAAGCUACGAGACACCUCUAGGCUUGAAAUGCCUCCGUUCUGCCAGCUGUACCCAUUUUUGUGAAGCUUAAAUUUUGUUUAGCCUAAGUAGUCUAGCAGUCUGUUAAUAGCAAAGAGGUUUAUUGAAAUUGGAAGAAUAACCUUUUUUCCAAAUAUAGCCCCUAUCGGGAAUACCUACCUGACCUCAAAUAUGUUCAAAAUGAAAGUACACACAGAAAUAGCAUUUAACUAGCCCCUGUGUAUACGGUAUGUAACUGCUGACUCAGGCAAUCCUGGCACUGGAUAAAGCAGGAGAAGUCGGUAAAUACCCUGGUGAAUUUAUUCUAUUUUAUUUAUUAUUAAUCUGGUUUCAGAUGUUUUAUUGUUGUAAUCACAGGAGAAAGUACUGGCAUUGGCCACUUUGGGGCCCUCAGGGUGACCCUCACAGAUUGGCACUAUUAAUUACAUAUGUCGCUCCAACCAAAUGCCCGACACAAUUGAAAGCUGCGGCAAAAGUGAGACCCAUUACAGAAAUCCCCAAAAAAGCAACUGAACACUUUGGUUGGAUUAAACACAAAGUGUUAUUUUCAGUGAGUUAGAAUCCCCUCUGUGUUUUUACAAUGAAAGUCACAUUAAUCAUUUUUUUUGACAAAGUCAAACUAUAAUCUUAGUGCAAAAGAUCAGUUAUUGGAUGCAAGGAACAUUUUAAAUAUCUGAAGUUAAAAAUCUAGGUAUCCCAAUAUUAAAUGACAUGAAUAUAUACGUGUCAAAUUAUAUCAAAUUAGAACGAUAGAAAGAGAUAUACUAUUUAUAUACUGUAUCAGCUGAGUAGAUGAUUCAUUUGGAUCCACAAUUCCAGAUGCAGAAAGACGACACACUGUGUAAGAAAAGUCUCUCCUGGUGCCGGGGAGACCGUGUGGAUCGUAGAAUAGCAAUUGUAACGAAACCUAGUAUAUUCAAUCAGAAUUCGGUAGUUUCCUCCCAAACCGCCAGAGCAUCAGUGAGUAUAGCUCUCCGUUCGGUAGAUGGAAUAGACGAAAUCCAUACGAAUACAAUUAGCUUUACAAGAUAAUUCCCCUAAUAAAUCAUACGAAUCCCCAAACAUCAGCCGAAGUCAAGAUGAAGGGUUCAACAGAACUGGCUUUUAAUGACCACACACAGGCUUUUAUGCAAGUCCCCAUGCAAGGGGACAUGGCACAGGGAGGGACACAGUAUAACCAAUCGGUUACAGGAAAACAGUAAAACACACCCAGCACAAACAUACAAUUCCCUCCCCUAGUCCUGGAGAUAAUCAAGUCUGAUAAAGUAAUAACUUAAUUAUCUCCAGGCAGAAAAAUCAAAUUUUUCCCCAAUAUUCAGAACACCCCUUUAGACAUGGGGUAUCCCCACAAAUAAUAUGUACCCUGAUAGCCCCGAUCUGGGUGACCAACAUAUUCAAAUUUCACCCAGAUUGGUUCAGGGGUUCUGAAAAAGUGUGGAAGUCCUUUGUGACGGCUAACCGCGAGGUGGCUGCCCAAAAUAGUUCCAGGAGUUUGGGUGGUUUUGCCGGUCUAUUCAGUUAGGUGGCAAAAACCAAAUAAUAAUGCAAAUGAAUUCCCUGGCUCUUAGCAGCGAUUGUUCCCCUCAUUCGAAUGCACAAAAGUACCGAAUAGCGCUCUUCUAGCUAUUCGGGAAAUAGAGAUCCAGCGUUCGCUUGUUGAGACCCGUGUUCGGGAAGUCGAGUGUCUGAUUUUAGUUCCAGACAUUCGACAACCAGUACGAACGCUGGCCGCACAGAUAGAGGGUUCAAUUGAAGCAUUCUUUGAAGUUUAACGAGCCAGGGGGUGGUCUCUGUUCAGUUGUUAUAUCUACCGAAUGAAUAUGGAAGAAAUAGUACACAGCAAUUUAUUGUCACAUAGGCGACGUUUCAGCUCUCACAGAAGCCCUUAUAAAGCCCUGUUUGCAGAGUCAGUAAAAAGAUUUAAAUGUAAUUAUAAACGAAUAUAACACAUUAACAUUGUUGCUAUAGAUAUAGACAGUGAAGUCGGAAACACAAUGCCUGUCCGUGCUCAUUUGCAUGCCAAGCUAGGAACUUUGGGAAAGUUGUGGAAAUAUGAAUUCUUGAGAUUCUGUUCCCAAGGGGGACUUUCCAAAGUCCAACAUAAUAUGUCGGCGGUGCUAUCUAUCGAUCUAUCUCUCAUCUCAUCUCUUUGGUUAUGAUUAUCACUGAUAAUCUGUGAUAUCCAAUGCUUUGAUUCAGUUUUCAUUUGGCUGGCUGAGUGUAGUGAAACUUAACUCCUGAUGAAAUCCUCCAAUAAAAUUAUUUGAAAGUCCCCGGCUAGCGCUAGCUAACUGUUCAUCAUUAAGUAUUGUUAUUUUGUGGUUUUUAUGAUACAAACUACGAGGAAAUAAUUAAGACUAAAAUGAGCCCAAUUAUACCCUGGUUACAAAAAGGUGAAGUUAAUAGAACAUUUUUCUCUCCAAAACAUCUUUAAGCCUCUUGACCUUCCUCGGCUACAAGUCACAGAGGAGCCAAUUCGAGCUUUUAUCUAAAGCCAGAUGGCAGAAGCACUUACAGUUCUUCCAUGCCGCAAUCAAAUGCAUGUUGAAAGCUACCAAUUUAUUUCACGGAUGCAAGAUUUUACAGACCGCUAGAGAACCUUUUAAUUCUGCUCACAAUAAUGUGUUAUUAUCCCUUCUCAAUAAAUGUUUUUUGUUUACACCUUUUCUUGAGAAAGGUAUUCAAAAAAUAAAUAAAUAAAAAACUAACAGCAUAUAAACUAUUUUUUAAUAAAUGUGCUCUAUUGUUUUUUUUGUUUUCUCAAAUAUUUUAGUUGAAAUGCUUUAAACAGCACACAUCCAAGUGCAUAAUAAAUAACACAAUGUAAAAUAUAGAUAAAAAAUAGAAAUAUACAAACGUUAAGUUGAUUUGGUUCCACUGCGUUAUUUUGUCAUUAGUUUCGCAGUACACAGGCCGCCAACCUCUUGUGACAGCUUUUCCCUGUUCCAAACCGGUAAUUCGACCAUGUAAUAGGUAUUCUUUAAAUAAGUGAAAUAUUUGUGCGAGAUGGUAUUUAUCAUGAUUUUGAAAAUACCUCUAUGGCAUGAGUAAGCAUUGACUUCUGUUUAGAGUGUGUUUUGUUUUUUGUUUUUAAAUAUUAGUGAAUAUUUUCUUCUUUUACAACAAAUUUGCAGAGCUGUGUGUUUAAUAAAGGGUCUUUUCCCUCAUUUCCUAUUGGUGGGGGUUCACCCAUUAAUGAGAUCUCCCCCCAAAACAUCCAGGGACUUUCCAAAUCCGCUGAGCCCAAGAACCCCAAAAUAUUGUGUUUCAAACUGUUCACCUAGCACUUAUUGAACUACAACCCCCAUAAUUCCAUGCUAGCCAUUUGUUAUAACAGAGAUUAUGAGGGGUGGCAACAGCACCCUUAUAUCAAGCCGUUAGCUGAGCAUCUAUAAGAUUUUAGCAGCCAGCUCUGGAGCACAAUAUUUUAUUGCUAUUAAUAAUUAUUAUAAUUGUGUGCGAUAAAGUAUUUAUUGAAAAAGUUAGAUUAAAAAAAAUACCCAUAAUUUGACUGACAAUUUUCUUUGCUGAAUGUAGGAGAUUUUUUUUUAAAUUAUGCCAAUACUUUUGUGAAGACAAUACAAAAAAUGGGUAAAGUAACAGUAAUGCAGUUCCCUUGUCCUUGCUUAGGACAUUCUGAUGUAGAUCGACUGUCCCUAUUGGGGGAAAAACCAGAAACUCCCAGCUUUGUCUGCUGAACGUCCUCUGUGACAAACCAGCAUCAGUUAUUAAUGAUGACAGCAAGUGGCUCCCUGCAGGACAAGUCUCAGGUUAUCCAGAUUACCAUAGAGGUUUUUGGAGAAUGAAUUUCCCAAGAAUUAAUUUUUCUAUUUUAGUUUUUUAAAUUGAUUUAUUACAAACGUAUUGUUUAGCCCAUAUAGAGGUGUUCCAGUUGUUAUGUGUAGGUCAAGUGUACUGAGCGCAGUGGCCGGAUUUUAUGUUGGUUUGCGCAGCCAAUAAGACAGAUGUGUGAGAUUGCAAUCACACAGGGGAGAGAGUCUGGAGGCCACGUGGAGGUUUGCUAAAUCUUGUACAGAGUCCAUAACCGCUACAAUGGAGAUCUGCCAUUAGAUCAGUCAAUUUCAGCUCCAGGCCCAUUUGUACCGCAUUGUAAAGCUAAGAAGAACUGGGCCAAACGUUCUCUGUGAUAAUGUCAGACGCAGUUGGGAAACACUAACACAUCCAAGAAAAUCGUUGCUCAUCUCUGGGCAUCCUGAAGAGUUGAAAACCCUCACGCGAAACUGCAGUCAAUAAGCGUCUCAAUAAUAAAGGUUCAGAAUGAAUAUUGGCACAAACGAGACGUUAUAACACGCACAACAGCAUUAUAACAAAUUAAACCUCAACAAAAACAAAUAAUGUCAUAAUGCUUUAUUUUAUAGGUAGCAUAGGUCUCUAAAGAAUCUUAGAGUUCAUGCCACCAAAUCCCAGCACUCACAGCCACUCCGUAUCCAUGAUCUCCUGCACACUCUAUGUAGCCAUACCGUCUCCCCGUCUCCUUUCUGUUUAGAUUGUAAACUCGAAGUUUUCUGCCUAUUGCAGCAUGUUUUGCUUUUUUUUGUCUUUGUAUUUUUUACAAAAUACACUAUGGCAACCCAGUAAAAGCCUAGGCCCUAGGGAAUUGUAGGUUUCAAACAUCUUGUGUGUCAGUGUUUGCUGUCCCUGAUCUCUGUGAUUAUCAGACUCCCGUUAUACAUGGUAGAAUUUUUAUUUGUUUUGGAGGGUAUGAUAACGAUUUGUAAGUAUGUAAGUGCUGAGAUGGGCAGCAAUAGAUCCCAGUCGAACUCUACAUGUUGUCUUUUAAUGUCUUCUGCUAUGUGACAGGUGCCAGCUUCAUGUUUUGUGACUCAGUCAAGUCUUGCUUAUUGCUCACAUUAAAUGCUCCUUUCCGUCCUGUCACCCAGCAGUUUCGUGUUAAUGAAUCGAAGCUGAGCUGCCCUAGCACCUUAGGGAGCUGCGAAGUACAAUUCAGGCCUCUAGAAAAACACAAGUGACAAGAAAUCAAAUAAAAUGACAUGCGCCGAGUGAUGCACAAUUCUUGGAUUUGUUUAUAUUUUUGCCAACUCACCAGUUGUCUCCCAGAUCUCCCAGCGAGAUGCCAGCGAGGUGUCUGUCAUGUUACUAGCGUAAUUGCAAUCCUGAAAUCCAGAAAUUAAUGAGGGCCGGCGGAUUCUGACACAUACGAUUUCAGAGAUGGAAAUGGGGAACGUUAGACAGAUUGAGAGCCUUGAUCUUGUUGGCUGGAUUCAGAGAUAGUUUGUAACGAUUUCUCCUGGCGUUCUGUAACGAAUGAUAGAAUCUCAUAAUCUGUGCUAUGCUAAUAUCCAGCAGCAACGGUUGGAAUUCUUGCUGGUGUCUGAGAAUUUGGUCCGUUCCCGAGUCAGGUGGCAAUGUCAACCUGUGUGACAUGUCAAUGCAGUAUGCAAACAUGGCACUCUAAACAGCAGGUGGGAUUUAUCGAUGUGUUGUGAUCAGAGAAAGUCAGGAAAUGUAGGCAAUCAUCACCUGUGCAAUUAGCAGACACUUUGCUUGUCAUUUCUCAAUUUUUACAACUUUACACCAACUUUGAUCACUUUGAUAAAUCUCUCUCAAUAUCCUGUAGAUCAAUACACAGAGACCUCAAGCACUAAAUUAUAUGAGCCAUAGGUGUUGCCAGGGAGGAUUUUGGAGCAUCUAAAGAGGAGAUCAAUAUGUACAGUAUGCCUGCCCAAUGCCCAUGGAAUGAGAUUUGCUAUAACCCAUCGUAUGAUGUAAAUACGAAAAGCUAUAAAUCAAAUGUACAUGCGGGGGAUGGAUGUUAGUUUGGUACUUAGCCUAGAGCCACCUGGGUCCUAAUCGGGCUCUUCUAGCUGUAGUUAGCGACGACUCUCUUCCUUGUGGAAUUUAUCUUGUUAAUAAUUUAUAUGCAGUUUAAGAAAAUCCAGAUUAUGCCCAGAAAGGAGAAUUUUACAGGAUAAACAGCUUUGCCCUUGGGAAAGCUUUGCUGAUUUAUUAUCAAGAAUAUGUGACAUGUUUAACAGUAUAUAUAGUAUAUAACACAAUCUGUACUGUGCUCGAGGAAUACUUCCUUGUAGCCUUAUAGUAAGGUGGCAUAAUGAAAUCGUGUGAAGGGGUUACAAGAUCAUGUGAUGGGUUAGGGAAUGGCAUGAUCCAUAGGGUUUAAGGAAUAGGCCAAAGGGGUGGAGGUUAUGAAAGGAUGAGCAGUUAGGCUAGUGGACUAUGGAAUAAGGAAUAUAGUGGGGGUGUCAGCAUUGGAUGAAUAGGGCAAGGAGCUAUUUAAUAGGGAAUAGGAUGACACGUUAGGGUUCAGAGACAAGAUAAAUGGUAAAAUAACCAGAAAUGGGUGGACAGUUAGGGUAAGGGUUAUGGAAUUGUAUGCGCAGUUAGGGUAAGGGUUAUGGACUUCGGCGAGCAGUUAGGGUAAGGGUUAUGGACUUCGGCGAGCAGUUAGGGUAAGGGUUAUGGACUUUGGUGAGCAGUUAGGGUAAGGGCUAUGGACUUCGGUGAGUAGUUAGGGUAAGGGUUAUGGACUUCGGUGAGUAGUUAGGGUAAGGGUUAUGGACUUUGGUGAGCAGUUAUGGUAAGGGCUAUGGACUUCGGUGAGUAGUUAGGGUAAGGGUUAGGGUAAGGGUUAUGGACUUUGGUGAGCAGUUAUGGUAAGGGUUAUAGGUUUCGGUGAGCAGUUAGGGUAAGGGUUAUGGACUUCGGCGAGCAGUUGGGGUAAGGGUUAUGGACUUUGGUAAGCAGUUAUGAUAAGGGUUAUGGAUUUCGGCGAGCAGUUAGGGUAAGGGUUAUGGACUUCGGUGAGCAGUAAGGGUUAUGGGUUUCGGUGAGCAGUUAGAGUAAGGGUUAUGAUAUUGGGUGAGCAGCUACAGUAAGGAGACGGGUUAAGGGGUUAUCGUAUAUUGAUGUAAUGAGUCACUAUGUAGGUGAUCAGUUGAUUGGUUUGUGUUAAAGAAAGUAAGUACUGUAAGAAUUAUGGAGUACAGGGAGUCCUAAAUUAAAUACUUUACUGCAGCAGAAUUGAGAUCCGUAGGAACCCUGUCAAUCAGCUAACUACUGAAAUCCUUUUGAUUGCCUAUAGUCCCUCUGGUUUCAAAUAACUAACAGCAAACUAGUUAAUUGGCACUCAGGGAUAUCUUCCUGUGGUGUGAAAAUAGCAAGCAGAUACCAUAAAGAAAUGUUAAUUCUAUUGGUGUAAACGUUUGCAAUUCUUCUAGCACCAACAUGUGGCCCUGGAUUGAUGUGAAUGAUUACUAUGGAGAAUAAUAAGGGCGAUCCCUCUGUUUGUGCUUUCCUUCCAGGGACGGUUGCCAUGGAUCUCCAGAAUACGGAGUGUCGACCUGCAAAUAGCAGCAAGUUAACCCUCCCUGCAGAGAAUGGUUCAGGGACCCGGAGACCCAGCAUUGCUCCUGUUCUAGAAAUCGCAGACAGCUCUACAGUGCUGCCGUGUGACCUGCUGAGUGACCAAUCGGAGGACGAGAUGACACAGUCUGAUGAUGAGGGACUGCCAGUACUUGAGUGAGUAUAUUGAUGGUUACCAAUGUCCAUCAGUUUAAUGGCUGCUCCCAAAAUCAUUCCCAUUGGGUCAAGAAGACCUUAUUUUAAUGAUGAGACAAGUAGCAGAAUAUCCCUAUACCAUGGUGACAUCAGUCAGUGGGAGUUAUUCACUAAACUGCGAUUGAACUAAUAACGGAAUUGCAAAAUUUAGACCAUAGUAUCUAAACUGUGAUUAUAGCCAAAUUGGAUACUUUUUUUCCAAAUCAGACCCUUUAUUGCCUAAUUUUUGCAAUUCAGUUUUCAGUUUUCCAGAAUUUGUUGUUUAGUUAAUGAUAAAUGGUCUUUUACCCUCGAAGUUCCAGGGCUAACAAUUAUCCUAAUAUGUUAUGAAUUAUGUGUUAUGCUAUUGGGGGAGUAAGUGUUAAAUCUUACUAUGUCGAAGACGAGAACAAAGAGAGCGUGGCAGCUCAUUUCGGAACAUGUGAUUGGACACUGCCACGAGACGAGGCCAUGUAACGGAGGAUACUAGGUACAUGAAUCAUUUUGGGUUCCUAACCCACACAUGCGCUGAUGAUGGUACUCCCUAGGACACACAGGUGGUUUAUUCAUUUUUACAAAUUAAAUCAAAAUGGCAAAACUGAGGCAAAAAUAGCUGAUCUGGAAAAAAUAUCCAACUCGGCCGUAGUCACAAUUUGGACCAGAGUGACAAAUUCUAAGAAUCCUGUACUCCGUUUGAUAGACAGCAAGGCAAAGAUUGGGUCACACGAAAGCAUGGUUAACCUGCUAUGGCUUCUGUAUUUCGACACUGCCAGCAAAUGACUCAUUACCAUGAUAGAUCAUACACGGCUAUGGAAUAUGUUGGCGCUAUAAUAAUGAUAGAUGACAUUGUCCAGUCUUGCACAGUUUCGUGUCACCGCUCAAUAGUGCGCUGUCUGCGUUCGAUUAACUCAUGCAAACAGUAUGUGGACUCCAGCUACAAUUUGUUAUACGGCACACAUUGGGUUAACAAGUAGGCGACUAAGCACUCUAUUCUCUCUAAUCUUUCUAGCGGGGGAAUACCCAACACGCAAAGCAUGUCACGUCUGUGAGUGCUUCAAGAUCUGCCCUCGUGUGCUUUCAACAGGAAAGAGGAUGAUUUUUAUAUCCACCAAGCUUAGACAGAAAGCAGGACAUUUUUCAUUUUAUUCCACCCGAUGAGUGUUCAAAAUCACAUUUCCAUCUCUCCAUGAUCCUUUUCGUUUUCUCGGAAUUAGUUUUUUUUGUAACAUGUAAAUUGCAUGUGCAAAUUUAGCCACAUGAAUACUGAACGCUCAUGAAUAUUAAUUGGCUUCCUGGUAAAGAUUUCAUAGAAAACGUUACAACAAAUCGUUAAAAUAGGCAAUACGCAGAGAGGUAGAUGUACCAAAGAGCAAUAGUGCCCCCCGGUGGUUAGAUAACAGUACUUCUAAUUAAUAAACUUCAAUUUAAGAUGAGCCCGACCCAUGCAAUAAGAACAGUUCUGGCAACAAAAAUAAAACAUGAUGGAAAAUAAAAAUCUGUCGAUCUGUUAUUAUUAUUUUUUUUAACUUGCAUGGAGUAAAUGAAGAAAAAUGGAACUUUAAAGAAAUAAAACAUGGAUUACUGGAAAAUUUAAUUUAAGGGCAAUAUUUUAGACAUGGACAAUUAUACAGAUUUCCUGGUUUAGUGUAAAAAUUCUUUUUCAAAAUCAGGAUUAAUCAGAUUAAGCGAUUUUUCUAUAGUUCCCAUGGAGAUAAUUAUAUAAGAAAAAAAAAAAUUGUAUCAAUCUGUCUGUGUGUUUUACUUGUUGCCAGACUCCUGUAGCCGAGAUUGAGCCUGAACUGCGUUGUUAUUUUUCUUCCAUAGCUAUGUGAAAGGGUACCCACCAAAUUCUCCCUAUAUAGGGAGCUCUCCGACCCUCUGCCACCUUCUACCUUCAAAAGCCGCGUUCUGCUGUCUCCGUCUGGAUAAGGUAAAUAUGUGUAUGUUUUUGUUUGUUUGUUUUUUAAAACUGCUAUAGUGAAAGUAGUCUCUGCUUUAUAAGAACACUUUGGGCACCAUAACAACCUCAGAUGAAUGAUGUUGUUGUGAUGCCAGCGGUCCUGGCGGCGGCUUAGCUCCAGGGGUUUAAUUGAUAUUGAAAUGUUCUUCUGCCCACAAACUCACAAUUAAUCUGAAAAUGGGAUUUAUUUAUUUAUUUGUCUGGAAGAAUUGGUGUAGUGGUUCUAGGCCCUAGGUUAGGAUCCAUAUAUUGUUAAGCCUAAAACAAAAUGUUUUAUUUAUAUAACACAAGCCGUGCUGGAUUAGAGACUACAGGGACCAAGAGCUGGAAUGUACAUAGUCUAAAUACAAAGCUUUAAUGUGUGUUUCUGGUCUCCUGUGCCUGACCUCCAUCCGCUACUAGACUCAAAGAUUACUACGAUGGAUCUUACCUUAAAUGAGGACUAUUUGGGUUGCUGCUAAGUUUUGCUCAAACUUUAUUCAACCUUACACCAAUUACAUCCUAAACCCAGCAAUCUAUUUAAUAUUUAUUUUUAAAGGGCAAAAGGUACACUGUACAAAUAACUUUAGCUUAAUUAAGCAGUUUUGGUGUAUAGAUAAUGCCCCAGCAGUCUCACUGCUCAAUUAUCUGCCAUUUAGAAGUUAAAUCCUUUUUUUUUUUUUUUUUAUAAAUUCCUAGUCACACCUCCCUGCAUGAGACUUACAAAGUCUUUCUAAACGCUUCCUGUAAAGAGUCAUCUAAUGUUUACACUUCCUUUAUUACAAAUUCUGUUUUAAUUUAGACUUUAUCUGCUGCUCUGUUAGCAGCUUGCUAGACCUUGCAGGAGCCUCCUGUAUGUCAUUACAAUUCAAUUUACAGAGCAGGAGAUACACUUUUAAAGUAAGAUACAUCUCAUUGAAAAUGAAGCCAUUUUGUUUUUAUGCAGGCUGUGUCGGGGAGGUGUGCAUAGGGCUGCAUAAAUACAAAUACAAGUUAUUUAACUCCUAAAUGGAAGAGAAUUGAGCAGUGAAACAUCAAAGGCAUGGUCUAUACAACAAACCUGCUUCAUUAGGCUAAAGUUGUUUUGGUGACUAUAGUGUCCCUUUAAAGGGACAUUGUAGGCACCCAGACCACUUCAGCCCAUUGAAGUGGUUUGGGUGCCAACUCCAUCACCCUUAACCCUGAGCAUGUAAUUAAUUAUUGCAGUUUUUAUCAACUGCAAUAAUUACCUAUGAUGGUUAAGUCCUCCUCUAGUGGCUGUCUACCAAACAGUCACUAGAGGGACUUACGGGUUCUUAGACGACUUUUGGUCAUCUAAACGACGCUGGACGUUCUCGCACCAUGCAUGAGGAUGUCCAUCGUCACAGGAUUCCCCAAAGGAAAGCACGGAAUAAUGCUUUCCUAUGGGGAAAUUCUAAUGUGAAUGCGGCCAUUGGGAGAGGGACUUGACAGAGGGGGUAGCUGCAGGGUCAGGAAUAUGAGUUUGUUUUCCUGACACUAUAGCUUCCCUUUAACAACCUGAAUUCUUAUAUAGUGAGAACAAAAAUCAGCACCCAGAACUUCAUAGCACCAUCAUCAUUACAAUAAGCUGCAGUAGUUAUGGUUCUUGUGUCACUUUAACCCCUUAAGGACACAUGAUAUGUGUGCCAUGUCAUGAUUCCCUUUUAUUGCAGAAGUUUGGUCCUUAAGGGGUUAAAAAGCACACAUGGUCACUAUAUAGUAUGGAAUUUCGAUUUCCCGUGAUGCUUUGCAUAGAACGAUGACUCUGCAAUAUUUCAGUAUGAUCCCCAUUAGUAAAAUGAUGAAAUAUUUAUUUCUUACAAUGACAUAUCGAAUUUUACCAGUACGUCAUAUUUGCACAGGAAGUGUAUAAAAUAUCCAGCGUCCUCAAGACUUAACUCAAAAUCACAAAUGUUAACGGUGAAGUGAGAAAAUUGAGUUCCCGUACCAUACAGGCUCUUACUGACUACGUUUACCAUUUUAUAUUCCGUCAGGGUUGCAAACACAACAGCUUUGAAGAUGCCAAGGCGUAUGGUUUUAAGAACAAGUUGAUUAUUGUUUCGGCCGAGACAGCUGGGAACGGACUGUAUAAUUUCAUUGUACCUCUCCGAGCAUACUACAGAUCGCGCAAAGAACUUAACCCUAUCGUUCUGCUGUUGGACAAUCCGUACGUUUUGUGUGGUGGGGGAUUUAGUGGUUUGAAGAUAAGAUUAAUACCCUCAUGGGCCAAAAUAAAGACCAUAACAGAAAUGAUACUGAAUCCUGUAAUAAAAAUGUAUUACUUAAUAUUAUGGUAAAUAUUUAACAAGUAAGACUUACAUUAGUCAUUUUUAUUAGCAAUCUGAUUGGCAAUUCACAUACAGCUCAGCUCUUUCCUAACUCUGUAUAUCUGGGAUACAGCUCUAUAGUAACCCUGUAUAUCUGGGAUACAGCUCUAUACUAACCCUGUAUAUGUGGGAUAUAGAUAAGCUCUUUCCUAACUCUGUAUAUCUGAGCUAUAACUAGUUUUUUUUUACCAAACCUGCAUAUCUGGGAUAGCGUUCGGCUAUGGACUAGGCCAGUCUAUCUGGGGUAUAACUCGACUGGUUCAUGGAUUGCGGGAUAAAACUUACCAGGAAAGGUUAAAGGAUCUUAACAUGUGUUGCUUGAAGCAAAUAUGAGACAGGGGGGAUAUGAUCGAAACAUUUAAAUACAUAAUGGAAAUCAACACAGUAAAGGAGGAGACUAUAGUGGAUGCAUGGAAUAGCCUUCCAGCUGAAGUGGUAGAGGUUAACACAGUAAAGGAGUUUAAGCAUGCGUGAGAUAGGCAUAAAGCUAUCCUAACUAUAAGAUAAGGCUAGGGACUAAUGAAAGUAUUUAGAAAAUUGGGCAGACUAGAUGGGCUGAAUGGUUCUUAUCUGCCGUCACAUUCUAUAUUUCGAUGACUAUUUACUAACCCUGUAUGCCGGUGAUACAGCUAUUUACUAAAACUGUAUAUCUAGGAUAUAGCUCAGCUAUUUACUAACUCUUUAUUAAUGUCAAUAUAUAUGUGAUCUAACUCUCAGAUUUAAGUUCCAUCAUUGACCUCCAAACGUAUUGAACGUUCUAAUAAUCGCCUGCCAUUUCUCUUUAACAGACCCGAUAACCAUUUCCUGGAGGCCAUCUGCUGUUUUCCAAUGGUUUACUUUAUGGUCGGGACAAUAGACAAGUAAGUUUGUCUUCUAACGCAUGACAAAUUGUUUAUACAUUUGUGGAUUUCUAACUGAAAUGUGUACAAAUGAAAUAGAGAACAUUUUUGAAAAAUCUAGGGUUUUUUUCCAUUUGCUUACAGAAUUUCAGCGAGCGAUUUCUGCAGUGAUGGUUGAUACUUUGCGUUCCAGGGAGAGUGACACAUUUUAUACCCUGAUAUCUCUCCUGGCCGGUUCUCCGGAUUAGUGAGCAGAUGAACGUUGCCUGGCCAUGUUUCUCGCAGUCUUUUGGCUGCAGACGAUUAAUGAUUAAUCCAAUUUCCUUGGAUAAUACGAUUUUGCUAUUGCAAUUAGAAAUUGAUCUAUACUAUUGUGCUAAUCAGAUCGCUAGCAAACGUACACAGAAAUAAAUAUUUUGUCUAAAAUGUAAAAAACUAAAUUCUGCUUAGUGGAAUGAGCACACACUCCGGCAACUCGGAGCAUGCACACACAGUUGAUUAAUGAAACAAUGUGGCUUUCAGUUUCCCAUCAGGAUAGAGCUGUAUUAGUAUAUUUACAAUGUCUAUGACUAACUCAUACUGCUCCCACGGCUCAAAAAAAUCAUUCAACCAGCAUCAAAGCCAGUGGAUACAUAUCUUGAUCAUAAAACAUUCCUCGCUAAUUAAACUGAUAACAUUGUAUCUCCCGUAGCCUGGAUAAUUUACUGCAAUGCGGGAUUAUUUAUGCUGAUAAUCUGGUGGUGGUGGAUAAAGAGAGUACGAUGAGUGCGGAGGAAGAUUAUAUGGCAGACGCGAAGACUAUUGUUAACGUACAAACCAUGUUCAGGUAAGGUGGCAUCAAGUCCCCACGGAUAACGUACCUUUUUACUGCUCGUAGCAGCAGCUGGUAACCCACACAUCUUGCUAAUCAUGAAAAGGGAACUGAGACCCGAUAACCAUUUGACAGCCAAGUAAACUUUGCUGCGAUUUGCAUAAUUUUUUUAACCUGUAUUAUUUUAUAACUUUUCUAUUUUUACUUUUUUUAAGUUGUAUGCCUGGUUGACGACACACAGCCAAGGUAUAAUAUGCAAAUUAAUUUAACCCCUACGUUGCCAGAUGCACAUGCACCACUAUGGUAGGGGUCCCAUGCGCAUGUCUAUCCACCCAGGAACAUUAUGGUAUUACCAUAAGACGGCACCUUUUUAUAGAACUGUUUCUAUUCAUUAUUUACAGGCAGUAUGGAUAAUGGGAUACUGUUUAGAUCGUAACCCUUCUGAUGCCUUGUGUGUGUCUGUUGUUGCAGGCUCUUCCCUAGUCUCAGUAUUACUACAGAACUCACGCACCCGUCCAAUAUGAGGUUUAUGCAGUUCCGGGCGAAGGACUGUUAUUCUCUUGCACUAUCCAAAUUAGAAAAGGUAAGUAAAACCAAUAAGGGUAUCAUUGGCAGCCUCGAGCCAUUCACAUCCCAAGCAUUCUUCAAUUCCUUUUCUGCAUUUAUCUUAUACACUUUUCAGGUAAAUAGGCGUUAUGGGGUGAAAGUGGAGGGAUUCUGUUUAUUGAUGAAAUGUCCUGUUUUUGUCUUUGUAGAAAGAGCGUGAGAAUGGAUCCAAUCUGGCGUUCAUGUUUCGCCUGCCUUUUGCCGCCGGCAGAGUAUUCAGUAUCAGCAUGUUGGAUACGUUAUUAUAUCAGGUCAGGAAAAGGCAUCUUCCUCCCGUGGUACCCUGAUGUGCUCGCAAUCAGAAUCCGUCCCACAAUUCUUAGUGGGUAGCCAUCACCACAAUGGAGGGGCUGACAUCUCCCCUCACUCUCAUUUACCAUCUCUUUUUACAUUCAUUCAAGCCAAAUUAAUUCUGGAAGUCCAAUCUGCCAAACCAUCAAUUUCCCCUAUUUCAUCGUGACUUGUUCCAUCUUGUACUUUUCUCGUCUAAACACUGAUGGCCAAGUCUGUGUUAAUGUGUCUAAUGCGGAAAUAACAUAAAUAAUAAGUUACUCUAUAUCGUUUCAGUCUUUUGUGAAGGAUUACAUGAUCACAAUAACCAGGCUUCUCCUCGGACUGGACACCACGCCAGGAUCUGGUUAUCUGUGUGCGGUGAGUACAAUAUCUUUUGGUUUUCUUUGGAUUCUGUUUGAAGGAAGGAUUUUGUCACCUGGAAGACACUAAAUAUAUAAUUCGGUUUAGAGACAGAGCGGAAAUGACUCCAUAUAUGUCUUGCAUAAAAAAUGACUUCAGAAAAAUAGGUAAACCUGUAUUCCUGUUUUGGACAUUUCCGCCCAAUAACUUCAGAGCAGAAACAUUGGUUCCUUCUUGUAACAGUUCCGAUUGUAAGAAAGAAUUACACAGUAUCUCACUAAAAAAAAAAAAAAAAAAAAAAUCUCAUUCGUUGUGCUUUCUUUACUCAAAUUUGUAAUUUUAUUCCUUGUGCAAAUCUAAGUAUUUAGAUAUCGUUCCACUGUCCAAAUGUAGUAAUAGUCCUGGGCUAUAUCUGCCUGAGAAUAAUGAGAGCUCUAGUCCAAAAAUAUCUGUCAGUGCCAAUUUGUUUCAAAUCGAAUAGUGCAAGUUCUGUCACAUUUCUUUCCUGUAAAAACUGCUUGCUUAUGUUGUCCUACAGAUGAAAAUCACAGAAGAUGACCUGUGGAUCCGCACAUAUGGCCGGCUUUUUCAGAAACUGUGUUCAUCAAGUGCCGAAAUCCCAAUAGGAAUCUACCGAACGCAGUCACAUAUGUUCUCUACAUCAGAGGUAAGAUGUUUACUCCCGUCAUUAAUACAUCCACAUCAGGAUUAGGACCGUUCAAGAGAUCUGCAGAUUUUGAAGGCCGUUUUUUAAAUAUACCCUAAUGAAAACAGCAUAAUUAAAUGUGAUUUUUUUCAAUGGUGGUAUAUCUAUAAAAUAGUGAUUUUUUUUAUUUAGUUACUUUAAUUUGGGCAGUGGCAUGUCCCCUUCUUUACUCAAAAAUAGCCAAACUGAAAAAUUUUACAACUCCCCUUAUCCACAAUUACUAUUUUUGGCUACAUUUUGCAGACUCCGACACAGCUCCCCACAGUUCCACUUCUAAUGGAUAACUACCAGGCAAUGUAUCUUGCCAAAGUCCCAUCAAAGUUGUGUCAUCUCUAAUCUAAAACCGAUUUUAUUUUGUUCCAAUUUGUAGCCUAAUAAACUAGGGUAUAUUUACUAGACUGAAUUACAGACUGAAAUAUGGAAAAAUCUCCAUUUGAUUUAUAGCGACACCUUCGCUAUUUUAGUCUAAAAUUUCCCAAUCAGGUUUCAAUUCACGAUAGUUUGAUGUCUGUUUAAUAAACACACUAUACUUGGUAUUUUUAAUAUGUGUUUUAUGAAUAGUUAGUCUAUCUCAUUGCAAUGUAUAUUAAUUGAAUCCUUUUUUUUCAUUUCAACGCAGCCGCAUGACAUCCGAACACAGGUAAGUGUUUUCAAACCUCACACUGUACAUUAUAUAGAUUUAAUAUAAUUUAUAUUAAAUUCAUUCUAUUACGACAAUACUCAAAUUUAUAUUAUCCUUAGAUGAUAAGUUCACAGACUAUCUAAGAGUUUCAAAAGCCAGAUCUCAGCUCACCUCUUUACCUUUUAUAUUGGCCUGUGUAUAUUGUACGUUCUCCCCUAAUUGUACAGCGCUUUGGAAUAUAUUGGCAAUUUAUAAAUGCCACGAAUAAAUAAAUAUCAGCAAAAUGAAUAUAGAAAAGUAAUUUAAGAUAGUACACUUAGCAAUGUAAUUCUAAUGCAUGUCCUUCCUGAAAAAAACGUCGAAAAAUAUUUUAUUUCUAAUUGUAUUAGUCUCAGAUCUCAAUCAACGUAGAGGAUUGUGAAGACACAAAGGAUGUCAAGGAGCCUUGGGCCGGGAAACCUAGUCAUAGAAACUCCACGUCCAGCGACCAGUCAGAACACCCACUGCUUCGAAGGAAAAGCAUGCAAUGGGCCCGUCGGCUCAGCAGGAAAGGGAACAAGCAAGCGAGCAAGACUGCGGAAUGGAUAAGCCAACAAAGAUUAAAUCUAUACCGGAGGUCCGAGCGCCAAGAACUAUCCGAGCUGGUAAAAAACAGGAUGAAACACCUAGGCUUACCGACGACUGGCUACGGUACGUAAUCUUGGGUACCGGAUGAGAUCUGCAUGGCUAAAACCAUCCCUCAUGCCCCUUACUGAACCACCCAUUAACAGUCAGACUUUUUUUUGUACUAAUUCUAGAAGCUUGGGUGACUCGUUGCGUAAUUGUAAUAUUGGUUCAUUUUACUCAAUGUGAAAACCAAUCACAGAGGGAGAGAUCUGCAGAGAUGCAGGGGGAGGAUAUUUACUAAGUGCCAGUAAUGUUCAAAUACUAUAAUUCAGAUUACAACUCAAAAACUUUUGAUGGCAGGUAGUUUGUCAUUAAAUGAACAAGGCAAUGUUACAAAACAAAAGUCAUAUCUUACAGUAGAUGCAACAAAUAUCUGACCAUCGUUCAGAUGAUCAGAGAUAUUCUUCAGUGACUUUAUCUCUUGUUUAAGAUGUACACAGUUUUAAUCUGUUUAGUGCAGUCAGAUUAGCGCAAUCUCAUUUAACGUCACGUUAGAUAUGUGGGAAAUCUGCAGUGAGCAAUUCAACACAGAAUGCACGCGAAUUGCAGUUGGGUGAGAAUUUGCCAUAGGUUUAAAAUUGCUUUUUAAUUGGUCUAGGAAAUUCUACAAAUAAGAAAUUUCUCUAAUAAACGAACUAUAAGUAAAUUGAUCAUUUAGAUUAAAAGGUCACUCAUUGUUUUUUUUUAAAUAGGACGUAUGCAGGAGGGGGUAGGGGGGUCAUUAAAUCAGUAAUUGUAUAAAUAUUAAAAUAAAUUUGCAAAUUUUUAUCCAAAAGAGCCCAGCUUUAAAAAUGGUUGAAAUGACUGACAGAUAAUUAACCCAGUUUAGUUAUUUUGGCACAAAAUUUUACAGUUCACUUUAAUUAUCCUGAAUUCUCAGGUUCAUGAUAAACCCACAUUUUAGUAGUGGAGAGUAUAAAAAAAAAAAAAGGAGGCGAAUUGUCACUUCUCUGGAACACAAGAAUUGAAAACCACAAAUAAAAAUUCUUCUAACUUGUUAAUUUAAAAAAAAAAAAAAUUUUUUAUGAAUUCCUCCAUUUUCUUUUAAAGGACAUAACAAUCCAGUUUAAUCCUGGCACAGCCAGGGCACAAACUGCAUUGGAGGAGGAUAAACGGAAACAUUGUGUCAUUUCUCCUUCUCUCUAUAUGCUCUCUCUAUGCUGGCCGCCUGGUGCCAAGAUGGAGGAGCCCAGCUGCAGAAUAAAGAGGUGUGGAUUACUACAUUUAAUUUUUUUUCCACACCUCACGAAUAGAUAUUUUAUUAAAUAUAGGAUAUAACUCCUAAAAGAAAUUCAUGCUCAGUCCAAAUAUUCAGUAAUAUAUGUAUAGCGUAAAACAAUAGCACCAUUGUCCGACAUCUUGUUCCCUGGCGGCCAUGUCUAAUAAGCCUCUCUCUGCGCAAUGUCAGCUUAAGCAAAUUUGUGUCAGUCAUAAACUUCUUAUUUUUCCAUUUAUCCUGCUCAAAAUUUUUACUUAUGACAUAGAAAUUCAGUCAGCAACUCUAAACCAUCAUUUGAUUUGGGUUUUAAAGGGAUAUAGUGAAUCCGGAAAUCAGAAGAGCAGAAAAUGUCUCAAUGUGUUCCAAAUGUUUGUCACGUGCUUUUAAUCAUUCGCGUUAAAUAUGAAUAUAUUUUUAAAGUGACACUAACUUUUACUUUUGCUUAUUAUUACUAAUUUUUCAUUAAUAUUAUCAUCACUGAUGAUAUCGAUAAUUCCAGCCACACUGGUUUAAAAAAAAAAAAGAGACUACAAUGCAUCAUUGAAUGUUCUUGCCGAAUUCCACCAAGAACCACAGUUAACCAAUCAGUCAGUGGGUGGGUCAUUUUUUUGUUCAAUUUUGUUUAUUGUUUUUACUCUGUAUUUUGCUUUUUUAUUUAAAUAUUUAUAUAUAUAUAUAUUAUUUGUGUGCACUGCAAAGUCAGAGGAUAGAAUAUGAACAAGGCUUGCUUGCAAUCAGUACCACACAGGGUGCUUUGAUUAAGACCCUUGUCUUUAAAUGUAUUUGGUUCAGAACAUCAUUAUUAUCAUCAUUAUUUUUAUUUUAAAAUGGUCAAAUCAAGUAUUAAGGCCUUGAUUUAAUAACGUUGGAUAAGCUUUUCAAAUGAUUGAAUAUGUUUGGAUAAAACAUUUUUUUAAAGAGUCGACAUAAUAAAAUAUCAAAAAUAUAUCCUGUAUUUAAAAAAAAAUCAAUAUAUAAAAUAUAAGAAACAUUUUAACAAAUUCAUACUAUUAAAUCAUUUUAAAAGUGUAUCCAAAAAUAAUAAAUCAUUUGGAAAACGUAUCCAACAAUAUUAAAUCAUUUGGAAAACGUAGUAUUAAAUCGAGACCUAAGUAAGAGCCUACAUGGUGCAUCACUGUAUUACUCAUGAGAUUCUGAAACCAUUUUACUUAUUUACCUGUAUUUUAAAAAAGGAAUUAUUUGUUUUUUUUCUUUCCCAGGGAUAGAACAAUCUUGCCAUCCUAUUUAUUUUUACCCUCAGUUUGGCAAUGUAUUAGGGUUGGCAAAUGAUAACAAACGGGGCAUUUUUACUAACCCUCAAAGUGUAGUGAAUUAAGAACUGAAUUGCAACAUAUUCUAGCAUGGGGAGAUUCUCUAACUCCGUCACAUGGACAGCUUGGCUCUUGUACCCUUGCAAUUCAGUUUUAAGUUACACCAAUUCAGUAUUGAGUUAAUAAAACCCAAUAGCUAUUAGGGAUAGCCAAUAAAUAAUGCAAUUUAUAUAUAUUUUCUGCUUUGCUGGGCUUUUACGAUUAAUGGCCCAAAACUCCAUGGGCUGCUCUCGCUAUAAAUAUAGGAAUAGCCGACAAGCUGCUCUCCUUCUAUUGAGUAACUGCAUCUCCCAUGAUGCUUUGUUAAUCUAUAGGCCAGUGAAGACCUAAUGGCUAGCAAUGUAUUGCUUUGCAGGUCCUUGUGCAUUAUCUGUAUUAGCACAGACAUUUCACAAUCUCUGCAUGAGUUCGAAACUUUCAUGUUUUACAUGUAUUUACAUUUUCUUUAACACAUUUGCUGCAUGGCUAAUCUGUUUUCUACAGCCUGUCGUACCUGUUAACUGUUCUAGAGCAAAAAGACCAGGGUCGUUCUAUGUGUUACACGCUACUAGUGGGAUAAGACUACUAACCAAGUUACUUUAGUGACAGACUGAGCCAGAGAGAUCUAGAAUCUGGGGAGUAUUAACAGCCAAUGCUAAACCCGGACCCUCAUUUCUAGAACAAUGUUGGUUGCGGGAUUGUUUUAUUUAGGCUUCUUUUUUUUAAUUCAAAUAAGUCAAAGAAUAAUUAAGUCCAGCUUAAAGGAUAAUGUAACCAUAGUGAUACGCGUCAGGAUUUAGGGUUCUACAACUGUAGAUUCUCGAUAGCCAUUCAAUGUGACCUCUUGCGGUUUCACCAAUGUGCCAUGAGGACAAACAGGUUAAAGUUGCCGGGUUUUAAAUUCGACAUCUCUGCAGGUGUGAACUUGGAAGUAAAUGCAAGUAGGAGAGUUUAUGUGCAAAAUAUAUAUUCUUGUGUAGAUAUCUGGAUAUUUACCAUGUAAAUUUUUUUUUUCCCAUUAAACUCCCACAUAAAUUAUCCACUAGACAUAUUUUGUUUUUCACAUUUUAUUACCUCUGUGUUUUGUUUUAUGAAUUUAAUUGGGUUUGACCGUUUUAGUGCCAGAGGGAUGAGACUUGAUUGACUUUUACAUUUGAAAUGGAAUUGGUUAAAAAGCAAAAGUACUUGCGCCCAUGUUCUGGCAAAUUGUAUAUUUAAUAUAUAUUUUGGGAUAUUGGGCAGAGAGGAGAUCAAAGGAAAAUAGAGAUCGAAAAGUGGAAUUCUCAUUUGUAACAUUAAAAUUUGUAAUAUAUUGUCAGUGAUAGAUGAUGAUCACUCUCAGCCAAUGAGCUAUCAAGGCUUAACUUAGAUGGUUUAAAUAAUUUACAAUGGGGGAGGGGUUUGACAGGGCGCUCCUGGCUUGGAUUGUUCAUUUAACCUCAGGUUUCCAAAAGGCACUUUUUUUUUUUAAAUGUAACUUAAUAUUCAUGUUUGUAUGGCCAACCAUUAGGUGAAAAAAUUUUGUAAAUCACUUUUCCAUGACGGCACAGUUAGAUAGUCAAGGGUUUAGUAAUCGGACAUGUUCUCUGAUGGCACAGUUAGAUCAGCGAAAGAUUUGUAAUCGGACAUGUUCCAUGACUAAAUGACCGAAGGGCUAGUAACUGGAUAUAUUCUAUGAUGGCACCGCUAGAUCCCCUAAGGGCUAGUAACUUGAUAUAUUCGGUGAUGGCACAGCUAGAUCCCUGAGGGGCUAGUAACUGGAUAAAUUCUGUGAUGGCCCAGUUAGAUAACCAGGGGCUAGUAACUUGAUAUAUUCUGUGAUGGCACAGCUAGAUCCCUGAGAAGCUAGUAACUGGAUACAUUUUGUGAUGGCACAGUUAGGGGGUUACAGUGUACAGGUAUGACCCAAUUUGCACAUUGAUGCAGAAUCUUCCAUGCCUGCUGACCUGCUUCCUGAUUUUCUCUCUCUCUCUUUCUCUAUGUGUGUACUUCUCUUUUUCUGUAUGUUCUAUAGAGGAUGUAGCAAAUUUAACUGCCAGUGAUGUGAUGAAUCGGGUAAACCUUGGAUAUUUGCAAGGUAAUUCUUCUCCUUGGGAGUCGAUCUUGACUCAGCACACAAUGGGCUUUCUGGAUAUGCCAACUAGUACGAUGUUGAUACGUUAAUCAGUGAGAGGGAUCUUUAGGGUCAUAGACAAUGCACCCCUGCAUGAACGAACACGAACACACCCCCAAAUCCCACAAAAUAUCCCUUAAAUAUAGCCCCAGGUAAUAUAAAGUAUGUUUUACUGUACUGUUCGGUUCUUCCGAUGUCUACAUUUUUUACAUGCAUUCCCCCCACUAAAGAAUGUACUGAAUUAAUAAGGGAAUGACCCAAUGGUUGGGUCAAAAUGACGACACUAAAAAUAAAUCCCCAAACUCUGCUGUAAUGCAGUUUGAUUGUUUAAUUAAACUCUCUCAACAUUUGUGUUUUCUUGCCGUUAGAUGCUCACUAAUAUCCAUCCCCUAAACUCGCAGUGGGAAUGUAGGACAAUUUACACCCACACUUCACAUAUAUACAUAUUACGUUAUAUAUAUACACCCAUACUUCACAUAUAUACAUAUUACGUUAUAUAUAUACACCCAUACUUCACAUAUAUACAUAUUACUGAGACAGGGAACAAGGAAAGAAGAUAAGUGGUUUAUAGAAGCCACGUGACCCCUGGAGCUUUAAUCACAGUUAGUUACUAAAGUGAGAAUUUAAAGUGGAUUUCAAAUUUAUUUUAUAUUUAAAAGUAUAGCUGGAUUAGAGAAUUUUUCCAGCUCAUCUAUUUGAUCUUAAAUUUGAAAUACAAUUUGAAUUCUUAUGUUGGUGAAAACCCUGCAUGGUUUAAAUACCGCUGCAAGUUAGAAGAAUGUAAGCCCUUUGCUACGUGCCAAUGUCAGCAUUGGAUUAGUUUGUUCGCAUGUAUUGAGACCAUUAAGUCACAUGCAAGAUUCUAUUUUCUAAAAAAAAUCAUUAUCUUCUCGACCAAUAAAUAGAUUUUCCAUGUAAAUAGUUAACAUCUGACAUUUAAGAUUUAUUAAUAUAUUUUAUUCAACAUUAGAGCUACUCGCCAAACCCAAAAAUAGUCUGCAGUAGUUUUGAUGGGUGGAACUGAGUAGAUACUGCCUAUAUUAUAGGAUGCAUCAAGGCUCUACGGGGCAGUAUCUCAACCCGCGUUUGUUUGGUUCGUUUUCUGCCGAUUUCACACCAGUAUUACCAACACCACCUUAGUAAAUUCCUACCAGCCAACCCUGGCUAUAAUUUGUUUUUAGUUAACAUAACCAUUCAUUUGGUAACAGACUUAACCACACAUUACCCUUGGUUCCCUUGUAAUAACCUGAUCCCUUCUGAUCACAGUGAAGAAUAGGACACACUGCAUGACAUAAGAAAUUAUAGAAUAGAGGAAAUACACCAAAACCGACAGGUAUCUGGAUUGAAUUUCCCCAUUAAUAGAACACUGAACAGAUCUGCAGGGGGUGAUAGUCGGGGUAGGUUUAAAAUGUGGAUGGAAAGUUGGCAUUUCCCCCAUUGUUGUGCUCACCUAUCCAAAAACUUGUCCCGACCACAGUUUCAUGGAAAUCCCCACGAUAACAUUGUAUAUUGCCAGUUUUAAAUCUUAUCUUUCAAACCAAUGGAAUUAAGAAAUGCACGUUUAAAGGGUCAAUAGGGUGUUAAUAUAAAUGUUUCCAUGUGCAAUUUCAUAGAAGAUCCAAAUUGUGUAUGUAAAAAAAUUCUGGUAUAUAUUAAAUAAUGCCUUUUACUGCUGAAGAAGAUCUGCAUUUUAGGAAGAAAAAAAAAUGUAUUGCUAAUGACAGGAAACUGGUGAAGAAUGGAAUCAAAACUGUGUUCCGACUGGAUACUUUGACUUUUAUCCAAUCAGAAUACAGCUAGAUUUCAGAUGGUUGUCUUUGACCAGACAUGGCAGCCACCUGCCUACGGUAAAAUGCAUACUUGUUAAUGCAAUAAAAAUAAAAAAUAGAUGAGUUUCAUAUCUUUUACAUACACAUAUGGACUUCUGGAAAGUGCCUUUGAUAUGAGUGGAUUUAAAAGUGAAGCUUUAUGGUCUGUUUAAAUUUCUGUUUGGGGAAAAUGCAGAGGCAAUGGCAGCUUUAAUUAAAUUCUUCACUGCCUUAUUCUGCUGUUUACCUGCUGCGGUAGGCGGUAUUAAUGGCAAUAUACUUGGUGGGUUUGAAAUGGCUUUGAUUCACUGCAUGAAAUUAACAUAAAAGCUUUCCCACGGAGCAGGACUGGCUGCAAUGCCCAAUGGUCCUUAACCCGAAUGUUUGCAGAUCAUACCAUACUAACAGCCAUACAUUUUGUGAUGGUAAUUAAUCACUAUUGAUCAGAGCCCUUAUUGCAAGAUAUAGCUCUUGUCUGUUGAAAUAGCCUCACUCAAGAGGUUUGAAAACUUGCAGUAAUUGGCCUGAAGCUUCUAACCGCACUUUUCAUCUUAACCAAAACUCACAAUCAUUCUUCAUCACCCUUUUCUGUCUGCAAUAACUAAAGCUGCUCAGGAACCGAGACACAGAAAUGCACAAGGAUGAAUCUCUUUGAGAGUCUAACCAGUUCCUUCCCUCUAAUUGAGAUAACUGCCAUACAAGGAGUAUGUCCAAUUUAUUGAUCUGUUUUAAACGGGCUGCUUCCCAAGACCUCACAUUUGAGUCUAAGCUAAGAAGUUACAAUAUUGGGCAUCUCUUCUUGGACUGAUGAGAACUUUUCUAAUAGCAGGAACUUGUUACUAAGUUAAAUUAACUCUGUCGACAGAUCAGUAGCUUCACAUAUUUAUAAGAUGCAGCAGAACUCCUCAGCAAACCAUAGAUAUAGAUUUAACAAAUGCUACUCCCAUGGUUUGACUAUCCUAACACUGCACACCACCUGAAGGUUGGACAAAGAUCUUCCCCUUUAAAUCACAACUGUCGCCAAAUUAUCUUUUAAUAAAACAACUCUUUCAUCAAUCUUUGAAAACAAAUAAUUUUAAUUUAAAUUAUGUAUGUAUAUGUAAAAAAAAAAACGAGAAACUCCUCUCUACCUUUAGUAUAGGACAGGAUCCUUCAGCCAUAUACAUACACCUCGGGUCAGACUGUGCUUGUAAACCAAAAGUUAGUCUCUAUGGUCUUUCUUGCUUCUGUGCAGGGAGUGAAGCAGGGAAGACCAUAGAGACUAACUCAGUUUUCAAACACUGUCUGACCCGAGGUGUAUGUAUAUGGCUGAAGGAUCCUAUACAGCUGUAGAAGUUGCAGUAAGUCAGUAAGCCUCUUCUUGUAAUUGUAAUUUUGAUCUUGGCCUCUCAAUCCCUGACGUUCGUGCUUACCAGGAGGAAAAUGUGAUGAUCUGUGGAUUGGCAUUGAUUCACAGACCACUACUUCAAAUAGUAGACCACUUUGGUAGUGCUUAAGUCUGCCACUUUGAAGCAGUUGCCCUGUUUUGUGACACAAGACUCUUUGGGUUGUGCUGCCUCAGAAGUGUGCCUCUACUCUUGGCCACAGCCAAAAAUGUGUGAUAAAUCUAUUAAUGAGAGCACCAGCCUGGCUUAUCCCCUUUAGGAUCAAUGGCAUUGCCUUCCAUCAUUUUAGCCUGGUCAUUAAAGAGUACACAAUGAAUUUCAGCACACCUUACUUAUUUACUGGGACAGUUCAAACUACAGAUGACCAGGUCUUCAUUUUACAAAUGUUUGUAAAAAACAAAUGUAAAAUAAUUAUAAGUAGAAAAGGAUAAUCAGAAUGGAAGCCUCUGAAGCUAUCUCUCUGAGCGUGUGCUUGUAUGUUGUGCGUGUACAAUCACAGCAUUCUGAGGUCUGAGAAGGAGGUAUGCAGGCGUCCUCUGGUAGGUACGCACGCCAUUUCCGUGAGCUCAGGGGAGCUAACAGAAGCAGAAAGCAAAUCUCCUGGCUGUCUGAUGAUUUAAUUAAUGGGUUUGAGAUAGUCUUUUAACAAUAGAAAAUGUACCAGACAUGGCUACCUAUUGGCUAACCUGCACAUUGCACUGAAUAUACGGUGGUGUCUGCAAUGUCUUUUCGACAACGGUUCCACAGAGUGUCCGUAACACUAGAUUGAGAUUCAAAAUGCAAAAAUGACGACAUAGCUGCUACAUCUAUCAAAUACAUUUUAUUUUUACAUAUGUUUAUUUACAUUUUAGAAAUCAUCUUUUAUGAAAAGAUAAAAUGAAAAAAAUACAAAAAAGUUUCCUCCCAGAAUCCUAAAUUCGGCAUCCCACCAUUGCAAUGUACGUACCCAGUCUGAGAAGCUGUGCUGGUUAUUGUGUUUGGAAUGCGUUUUGUAUUAUCAGACACAAAGCUGUGUGGUUCACAGCAUAAUGUCGACAUCAAUGGAGAAACUGAACGGAACGCACAACAGGUCACUCUUCAAGUGCAAUUUUCUGAAUGUCUCAUUUGACAAUCGACUGAUUUUUAAUCAUUUUAUAAGAUUAGUUUUUUAUCUUUUUCAGACUCCCCAAGUCACACAAUUAUUCUUUCCAUGUGACACAUGAGUUGGAGAUAAUCCUUUCAAUCACCCAACAGAACUAACACAUCACUAGCAACACAACUUAAAAAUACACUAUAGUCACCAGAACAACUACAGCUUAUUGUAUUUGUUCUGGUGAGUAGAAUCAUUACCUUCAGGCUUUUUGCUGUAAACACUAUCUUUUCAAAUAAAAUGCAGUGUUUACAUUACAGCCUAGUGAUAACUUCACUGGCCACUCCUCAGAUGGCUGUUAGAGAUCCUUCCUGGGUCAUGGCUGCCUAAAAUGCAUCCAAACAUUCAGUGUCUCCUCCCUCUGCAUGCAAACACUGAACUUUCCUCAUAGAGAUUCAUUGAUUCAAUUCAUCUCUAUGAGGAGAUGCUGAUUGGCCAGGGCUGUGUUUGACUUGUGAUGGCCCUGCCCCUGAUCUGCCUAAUUGACAAGCUCAGCCAAUCCAAUGCUUAAUAUGAGAAAGCAUUGUAAUUGGCUCAGAUCAACACUAUUGAUGAUGUCAGUCAAGCAGGCAGAUCAGGGGCAGAGCCAGCAGCAGCAGACUGCAAUAAAGGUAAGAUUUAACUAUAUUUAAGGGGGCAAGAAUUUUAAAUUAACUCCAUUAAAUUAGAUUUUAUAUUUUUCUUUACUAUUCAACAUUGCUACCUUCAAUGCCAGCUCUGAUUAUUAUGAGAUAUUAAUGUGGUUUUUAUGAUCACGUCUUACUCAGAUAAAUCUGGUUGCUAUUUUGGAAUCAUGAAGGAUCCAUUCCCCACAUUUUGUCAUACAACUCAAAUUCACUUCAGAUGGGGUUUCACCAUCUUUUCCAUCAACAACCAACACAGAGACACGUAAAAGGAUGAACUUGAAUGUUUUUUGUUGCUUUUUUUUUUGUCUAUUAUUAUGUGACUAUGUAAAAAAAAACAAAAAAAAACCUCUUCUUUCACACUUUCUUGGGCUCCAGUGUGUCUGAUCUGAAUGACCGAUAUUAUCUGCACUAAUCAUCACUGUCACUUGACUGCAGAUAUAUCUUUUGGAUCGUAAGCUCUUUUGAGCAGGGUUAUUGUCAUAUCUUGUUUGUAUGUUACUUGUUUUGUCACCUUUACAUCCAUUCACCAUUUCCCAGUUAUAAAGCACUGCAGAAUGCGUUGGCACUAUAUCAACUAAAAUCUAAUAUAAAGCAACAUGUUUAUUGUCUGUCACUCGCUCUAACCUACAGAUGAAAUGAAUGACCAUCAAAACACCCUGUCGUACGUCCUUAUUAACCCACCACCAGACACACGCUUGGAGCUGAACGAUAUUGUGUGAGUAUUCCGAGAGAAAUGGACAAAACCGUAUUAUCUAGAAAAGUAGGAAAAAUUUCUUCGAUUUAUUGAUUAACUAAAACCCUUCGUUAAAAACUGAGGCACAUCAACCACUCAAACUCCCUUAUCUUCUUUGAGAUAAUUGAAUAAUUGAAUGAUUUAGGGUUGUUUGAAAAAGAUGAAUAAUGAAUCCCUGUGUUUUCUUUUUCUUCAUUUAUUACUUUGAAAGUCAAUGGUUUGUAAACAAAUUUAUAAAAGUACUAUACAAUGGGCAGAGACAAUAUAGCAGCAAAUUAAUGAGGAGAUGGCUUUUUGUGUAGAGCAACAAAAGGUUACUGGAGGCCUGAACAAAGGGCCUACAAUCUGUAGUAGAGAGGGCUGUAGAUAAUCACUCCCAUGAUGCUUCACCUGCAUUUCUGUUGUUCAGCCUGAUCUUAAGGAAGUGUAGGCAUAAUUACCCAGGAGGUGAAUGUGAAAUUGGUUGCAGUGGUCCAGUGACAUUUGCUUGUCCAGAUGGAAGAUAGAAUGUCAUCAAAACCCUACAACAGAGACACUAUCGAUAUAUCUUAUCUUAUAUAUUAGACAUGUGCAAUUCGUUUUGUUCCGAAUGUAUAUUCGGAUGAAUUUCGUGCAAUUCGGAUGCUUACAAAUGUCCGAAGUUCCGAACCGAAUGACAUUGGUACGAAUUGCAGAAGUGCUCCGGAUUUCUGAAAAAUGGCAAAACAAGAGAGAGGGAGGGAAAAUUAUGUGAAUGAUGACCGGAAUCUUGACCAAUAUGCUAAUUUCUGGCACUGGGUGGGAUACCUACAGAUGUGUAAGUGGUUGUGGUAGCAGUCCUGGCACUGGGAGCCCUAUAGAUGUGUAAGUGGUUGUGGUAGCAGUCCUGGCACUGGGAGCCCUACAGAUGUGUAAGUGGUUGUGGUGGCAGUCCAGGCAUUGGAAGCCCCCUGCCGGGUCCAAGUGCCAGGACUGCCACCACAACCACUUACACAUCUAUAUGGCUCCCAGUGCCCGGAUUGCCACCACAACCACUUGCACAUUUAUAGGGCUCCCAGUGCUCAGACUGCCACCACAACCACUUACACAUCUAUAUGGCUCCCAGUGCCCGGACUGCCACCACAACCACUUGCACAUCUAUAGGGCUCCCAGUGCUCAGACUGCCACCACAACCACUUACACAUUUGUAGGGCUCCCAGUGCCCAGACUGCCACCACAACUACUUGCUAGGCAAUUUUUCAUGCAAUUCAGACAUUCAGAUGCUUAUGAAGUUCCGAAUUGCCAAAGCAGACAAUUUUUUUUACUUACCCGAAUUUCCUAACCAAAUUUUUUUGCCCAUGCACAUCCCUAAUAGACAUUAUUAUUAUUAUUAUUCUGUAGAUUGCAUCCUUUAUUUUAGCACAGUUGGAAUGACAAAGGUGUAGCUAUAUCUGUUACAAUCUAACUGAUUUGUUUAAAUGUAUCCUUUCCAGUUAUUUGAUCAGAUCUGACCCACUAGCCCAUGUUGCCAACGACUCAAACAGCCAAAAAAGCAGCAACAGCUACAAAACCGAACAGGUGGGAAAUCCUGAAACACGGGAUGAGACACAACUAUGAGACGGAGCCCUACUAGCGGAAACUGUGCCUAUUCGCACCGCGUGCUGAAAACCGUCAGAGCUCUAGAUUUUAUUGGAAGCCCUGGAGAAAUCAACCACUAGCAAUCAUGAUGCUCAUUUUCCAAGAUGCUACUGAAGAACAAUGCUCGCUAGCGAAAAAACGGACGUAGACUGUCCUUCCAUUUCUCCGAAACGCUUCACUGCCGUUAGUGAAUACAGGGCAACUUCCUGGACUUAGAGAUGACAUUUCCGCUGCUGGCCAUUAUAGGGCAAUGCUGUAUUGUAUAAUACGCAAUUUUUUUUAUAUAUCCCUUCAAAGUCAGCCUGGCCAUUGCACAAAUCCAAGUUUUUGACUGCCCAGGUGUUAAGUGUAUUAAGACUGCAAACAUGUCCACAAACCAGGUUUUAAAAACAAAAGACUUUUUAAAUCUACAGGUUUUCAACAGAAUGUGCAUAAACCUUACGGGCACAUAUCCAGUAGUUCAUUAUAGAACAUAUCGAUUAACAAUGCAAGUGCAUUAAAACCCCCUGCAUGAAAGCGGCCUGCACAUCGCCCCAUUCCUACUUAAAUGCCACAUCUAACUGUUUGCGUGCCAUAGUUCAAAGCCACGUUUUGGCUACAUGCGGAAUCAUUACCCAGGAGGUCGAUAAUGGAAGCCUUUCUAAGGCAUUACAAGCACCCCUGGCAGCUAAAUGGUUAAUAACAGACGUAUUGCCUUAACCCCCUAUAACACAGUCCUUAUGCCAUGAUUCAUUCUGUCCUAUCUCAAGGUCACAGGAAUUCUACAACCAUAUCAAUGCAAUAGACCAUACUACAUGCAUGGUCUCGUAAAGGUUUUUGUCUUUAAUAUUAAAGUUUUGUACACUUGUGUAUGUAUAACUUGUGCUCAAUGGCAAUGAACAUUUUUAUUUUAUUUUUUCAAUAGGUUAUUUUCUCCUUUUUUUAUUUUUUUUUUGGAAGAUAUUUCACCUUUUGGUUGAAUGUUGUCACUCGUAUGAAGGUUGUAUAGAAUUCAAUAUCUAGAACCAGUUCACUGGGACUUAGGAAAGGGGCCAUUUGUAAACUCACAGCAGCAUAUCAAGAUAUAAAAAGUGUUCCAGGGUUACACGACAAUAUCAGUCUUCAAACAUUUUUACUGCAUUUUUAAAAUCACACUUUUAAAAAGUAAUAAUUAAAUAAACAAAGUUACAUUAAUAACCCACAUGUUAUACCUUUGUAGUACUAGGAGCAGUAGGAUACAAGUGGCUGUGAUUGAGUUUCACCCAUUUCUGCUAUUUGGCUCAUUAGACCUGCCCACGUCAUGUUUAAUCUCUUUAUUACCAAUCCCGUUUAUACAUACUUUCUACUUUAAUUUGCCUUGAAAAAUGAAAUGUAAUCCCUAAAGCUUCACAUUCAUUUAUACUCCAAGAAUGAUUACCGGCUUGUAGGAGAACUUAUUUCUUCCAGGAGCUCAUCCACCAAUUUAAAGUCUGCAAAUGUCCUGAAAAUGAUAGUCCCCGUCCCUUUACAAAGAUCAUAUCAUGCCUUCAGUCCGGGGACGGGGAGGAGUGAAUAGUAUAUCUUACAUGCGUUUUAUGCUGCUUAGAAUUGCAGGGGAUGCUAUAAAACCUUUUAAAAUACCUUUUAUUUUAGAAAUAUAUGAUCUAACUUUUUAGAACCUUUACGAAAUACCUAUAAGCAGGCUAUUUCACUAUUUGUAUGUGUCUGUUUUUGUCACACCGACUGUAUGUGAGAAUUUGUAAAUUUGCAUAAAUUUAAUUUUGAAGUUUGUAAACAGCAAUCUAUCUACAAAUCUGCUGUUUUAUAGUAUGUUUAUAUGCCAGCUAUGCAUCCCUAUGGUUCAAAUAAACGUUAUGCUAAUUUAAAAAAAAAAAAAAACUAAUUGCUUGGUAAUGAAAGGGUUAAUAUUACAAUAAUUUGAGUGAGUUUACAAAAAAAAAAUUCAGCAUUUUCCAGAACACGAGGAUUGUCACCUAUUUGCUGCUCACAUCAGUGUUAAGUUACAGAAUGCCAGAGGGUAAAGCAAGGAGUCAUUUUACUCAGCCCCCCCCCUUUUUUUUUUUAACUUUCCUCCCCCAUACUCCACCCCUAAACGUGGCCCUCCAAUUGUUGUUGAACAAUCUUCUCUAUGGUCAUUUCGCAGACUGCUAACCGUGGGCAGAGAAUUUUGGGAAAUUUAGUUCAAGCCUGGGCCACGGACACACAUACUAUCUUAAAAAUCCUGUAAUUCUCCAAGUGGACCUUUACCCCACUCUAAUUAUUCAUCAGACGCGGUGAAGCGCCUUCGUCAUGGCAGACGUGCCUUUUCUCAAUCAAUUCAUCUCUUCUUCCCGUCUCUCAUUCUGGUUUUUGGCCCUAAUUUCACGUGGCUCGUAAGCGUGCAUGUGCGAGAUCCGAAUUGCCGCAAAUCAAUUGACAAAUCAAUAUUUCCUUAAUAAUAACAAUAUUGUAUAGCGGUUAGAAAAAAAGAAAGAGAGUACUACAAGACAUAGUCCAUACUUAACUGUAUAUUUAGUGACAACAUUUUUUUGACCAAAGCUGGAGGGGGGUGCAAUUCAAAACAUCACAUAUCUUUAAUGUGAAUAAGCAUUUAAUAGAAAUAACAUACUGAUUUUGGUUUACAUAUUGUUAACUGUAAUGUAUCUUCUGAUUAUUUUUUACUGCUUACUAUUUGCACAAAAAUAACCCUUUAAAGAACGUAUUAUAGUAGCGUACCCCACAGCACGCACAUUUAAUAUGCAGAAAAUCGUGCUGUGAAUUAUUUUCAGAAUGGAUAUUUUCUUACUUUUUUUCGUUACAUUUCAUGCAAUAAUUGACCCUCGGUGCUGCUUAUGCUACCUCUAUAUAUAUAUAUAUAUAUAUAUAUCAUCUCCAUUCCAGUGUUUUAUCAUUGCAUGCCUUAAUUUAACAUGCUUUACUGAUCUGAUCAGACAAACUGGAAAACUAUCACUUGUGUAACGAAAACUAGGCUAUUAUCAGGAGCCACUUUUAGCCUGUGUUAAGGAGCCUUGGAUGAUUAUGCACAUAAAGAUAUGGGUUACUCACUAAACUCUGCUGGUUUUUGCCUCUGUUUUACAAUUCAGUCUGUGACUGAAGUGAAGUUAGAUGAGCAUGCUUAGGGGGAACCGUUUGCUUGUUGAAGAAUUGAAGUUUUUUUGGGCAAAUUAACAACAACCAUAUAGAUGGCUAAACUACAUUUAUUUUUAAAAAGUUAUAACCGUUCUAAAAAAAAACUUAAAAAAAACUUAUGUACUAUUAAGAUUAUUAUUAUUUAUAAAGUGCCAACAAGUUCCGUAGCGCUGUACAAUGGGUGGACUAACAGACAAGUAUUUGUAACCAGACUAGUUGGACGCACAGGAACAGAGAGUUUGAGGGCCCUGCUCAAUGAGCUUACAUGCUAUAGGGAGUGGGGUAUAGUGACACAGUAACAGAGGGAUUGAGGCCCUGCUCAGUGAGUUUACAUGUUAGAGGGAGUGGGGUAUAGUGACA